AUGGAUGAGCGAGACUCAGCUGGCCCUGGAACAGGAAGAGGCCAUGCCAUCCAAACUGGGAGCAGUGGGGGAUUCUGGGAAAACUCUGGGCAGAAGAUCCUGGGUGAGGAGGACACCCUCCGCGCAGAGGUGCAGAGCCAGCAGUUGAGGCAGUUCUGCUGCCAGGAGGCCAAAGGACCCCGAGAGGUUUGCAGCCGACUCUACCACCUUGACCAUCAGUGGCUGAAGCCAGAAAGGCACACGAAAGCUGAGAUGCUGGACCUGGUGAUCUUGGAGCAGUUCCUGGCUGUCCUUCCACCGGAGAUGGAGAGCUGGGUGAGGGAGUGUGGAGCAGAGACCAGUUCCCAGGCGGUGGCCCUGGUUGAAGGUUUCCUCCUGAGUCAGGCAGAGGAGAGAAAGCAGGUGAGAGAGACUUUCCUCUGGAUACUCCUAAGGGGCUCCAAACAGGAUGGAGAACAUCCCAUAAUGCUCUACUGUUGGCCCAUUCUUUUCCUGGGAAGGCAUCCAUAGAAUGAGAUCUAACACCCUUAAAGCGUCUGUCUUUGUCAUUCUCUUUCUAACAUUUCUCGCCAUUCAUUCUCUGUUUUGAAUCCUUGUUGCUCUUUCAGAAAAGGGAUCGUUUUGCAGAAAUGGACCUGGAUUCCUGUGAGGCAGAGAGGCCUUUGUUGGACACCAGAGAGAGGCCACUGGGUAAGGAGGAAGGUGGCUUUUCUCCGUUUGGUCUCGUUCUGUUGGUUUUCCAACUAAUCUGUGAGAUCUUUUUUUUUGGGGGGGGGGGAGGACAGUUGGGAACAAGGGUCCAAAGGAAGGGAGUAGUAGUUUUGCACAACUAACAUAUGAAAUGGGCACAAACGUCCAACUGCACUCAGCAGGUAAGGCUUUCUGAAAGACCCAUCUGUCAUUAGAGAUGCCCUGUUUCACCUGUGAGAGAAGCAGCCACUCCUGGCAUCCUGCUUACGUUUUUUCUCUUGCAGGUGACAGAAUGAUGCUGGCAAAACCUCCUGAUCCAUCUUUUCCUGGGGGCAGAAGGGAAGCAGUGGCUGUGGAACCAGAUCAGGUAUGGGGAAGCUGCCUUGUGGGGAAAGAGGCUGAGGGAUGGAGCAAUGUCAUGGACUGGUUGGGCACAGAGGAAUGGUGGGAGGAAGCAGCCUGGGAACCAGGAAAGGAAGACGUCUCAGAGCCCAAGGAGUGAAGGUGGAGGAAGGAUGAGCGGUCAGAUGGAGAAGAGGGAGACGCCUGGGAAGAGGAGGUGUCAGAAGCUGAAGGGAUAACAGGGCUUAGUGAGCUGGGAGACUCUGAGGCAGAAUGCAGUCCAGAAUCAGAGGCAGAAGAGGAAGGAAGCGAGUGGGAGGAGGAAGGUUGAGAGGCAGAGGUGAGUCAGGAGAAGGAGGAGCCACCGGGGGCUCCCUCUCCUUCUCCCAGAAGCCACCCUCCCUGCUUGUCUCUCAGAGCCAGGAGACGUCUGACAAUGGGGGAGCAAAGGCAGGCUGCACACUGGCGCACUGUUCAAUCGUAUGCUAGAAAACCCCGGGGGGGGGGGCUUAGAAAGUUGUGGGGAGCCGGGGUCUUCACUCUCUUCAAACUUUGCACUAUAUAAUCUCACUUUUCAUAUACCUCCACACUAAAGUAACUUCUACCUAGACAACUAGUCCAUUAAUCGAUUGACAGUGCAAACUGACAGACCCUCCGGGAAUGAGCUGCUCUUCUCAUUAGGCCUGAAGCUCAGCCAAGUCUGUGAAUAUCGUGUUCUUGCUGAUAAAGUGUUAAUUCCAGCUGUGAACUAUGGGAUUUGCUGCCCAGAUAACUCUGUGACACCAGCCUUCCGAAUGUCGCGAGCAGGAUUCAUCUGUAGUUUCAGUUUUCAUGGAAUCCUAGAGUUGAAAGGGACCCCAAGGGUCAUCAAGUCCCACUCCCUGCAUUGCAGGAGUCUCAGCUAGAUCACCCAAGACAGAUGGCCAUCCAAACUAGGCUUCUUGUAUUUCUGUAUUCAUCACUGAGUGCUAAAAUAGGCUUCUAAGCGGUGGACAGACGAGAACAAAUAGAGGCCAGGAUUCUCCUAGCCAGCCCCAUCUGCUGCGAAAUGGGGCCUGCCCCCCAUUCCUCCCCCUCUCCAUGCCCCCAUGAACCCCUUGAAUUUGGCUCUAGGGCACUGGGAGGGAACAUCCCCAAAACAGCACACGGGGAGAGGAGAAAGUGGAUCCUUCCAUCGGGGAAACUGGAAUGCUUGCGUAGGCAGAAUAACGUGGAAAACAUAAGCUGGAGAACCACCUAUUUACACAAAGAUGAAUACCCAUUGUUAAAAUGCAAAAUUAAGUAAUUCAAUUAAAACGUCAAAAUAGCUACCCAUAAUUAAAAUGUGCAGCAAAGCAAUCCUAUUGAAACAACGCAGCAGAAUUAGAUAAACUAACAGGAACAUAGCUGUCAAGUGUCCCUUAUUUGAAGGGACAGUCCCUUAUUCCAGCGCCAUGUCCCGCUGCUGUCCCUUAUUGAUGGAUGUCCCUUAAAUGAUGUCCCUUAAAUUCCAAAGGAAGCAGCUCCUCUCCCUCCCUUCCUGCCGGCCAGGGAGGAGGGAGGCUCCAACUGUGUUGCUUGGCUGUGUUGCUCACCCAAUAAGAAGUCUAAGAACGACUGGGGGGUGGAGCUUGCAUGCCUUGUGUGGCUAGUUAAUGCAAGCUGAGGCGGUUUUUGAAUGCUGGACGCCAUUUUGUUGCAUGUGCAGUGCAAAGCCAGGCCAGGGAGCCAUCUUAAGUUGAGGCUGCAUAGGCCUUGUGGUGCAUGUGAUUCAGAUUCUAUUCAGUUGAACCUCUGGUUACAAAGUUGGUUGGACAGUGUUCUCAGAGCUACCAGCAUGAGUUUGACUAGACUGCAGGAGGACAGGAAGACUGGAGUGCCUGGAACAGGUGAGGCUGCAGGUCCCUUAUUUUGGCUGCUGGUCCCUUAUUUUCAAAUCUGUAAGUUGACAGCUAUGAACAGGAAGGAUUCAAAACCGGCAAGACCAGAAAUUCACGGAAGACUGGAGUAAAUUGAAAAGUAAUUGUGAAUAACAGACGACGUUUGUAGGGUUGCAAGAAGUUUUGUGAGGAGUAUUAUUAGAAGUAUGGGAAAAAUGGACAAGGGGGAGGAUGAUUUGUUAAGAGAUGUAAAGGCAAUAUAAAGUUAAGAAAUGCAUAAGAAGUGGUUAAAAUGGUGGAUCAUCAGAGGUGCUCACGGAAGACUCAAAACAUUGUAUACGUGAUUAGUUUUGUGGUACAUGUUAUAAUUUAUUAGUUAAAAUUAUUAUAUAUAUAUAUAUAUAUAUAUAUAUAUAUAUAUAUAAAUAACGCAGCAAUUAAGAGGAAGGAAAGAACAGAGCAUUGUGUAGCAGAUUAUAUUUCUGCUGUCUCAGAGGAGGACAUUUCCCUUUUCUUUUAGGGUCCAGUGUGCUUUGAAGAUGUUGCUGUUUGUUUCACGGACGAGGAGUGGGCGUUGCUGGAUCCUGACCAGAGAGCUCUGCAUAAGGACGUCAUGGAGGAGAAUUGUGGGAUCGUGGCCUCUCUUGGUAAGGCUCCCUGUGGGAUUGUCCUAUCUGCCUGGAAAUUCAAAAAAUACCUCUAUGUGACAAACCUCAUAUAUUUUCUUUCUUUUCUUUUUUUUAUUGGCAUUUUCCAAAAAACAAAAAAACAAAACAAAACACUGACACAAAAUGAUAAAUAAUAAAUAAAGAAUUAAAUAAAACAUUCUUUGCAAUCACACAUUUUGUCAUCAUAUCUACAUUGCGCUAGAUCACGCUUCGACUUCCCUCCUUCCCAGUUGCGGUUUUCUUAGUAAUUCUCAUCUCUUACAGUUUCAUCGAGUUUUUUAUAUAUACAUCACAAGAGUUAAUCUAAUCCUGCUGUAGUCCUUAAGCUUCUACAAUUAAUUUCUAUGUAUGUUACAAAUUUACUCCAUUCUUCUACAAACUUAGAUCCUUUUUGGUUUCUAAUCCUAUGUGUCAUUUUCGCUAAUUCCGUAUAUUCAAAUAAUUUUACCUGCCAUUCCAUAACAUUUGGGAUUUCUGAUGUCUUCCAUUUUUGUGCAACUAAAAUCCUGGCUGCCACCAUUGCAUACUGAAAUAACUUAUGAUCAACCUUUUUUAUUUCGUCCCCUAUUAUCCCUAAUAAAAAUGCCUCCGGGUUUUUUGGAAAGGUAUACCUAACAAUUUUCGUUAAUUCAUUAUAUAUUAGAUCCCAGAAUCUUUUCAUUUUCUCGCAUGUCCACCACAUAUGAUAUAGGUCUCCAUCUUUACAUUUCCAGCAAGCUUUGUUUCCCGUUUUAUACAUUUUUACUAAUUUGACUGGGGUAAUAUACCACCUAUACAUCAUUUUUUCUAGGUUUUCCCUUAAAGUGGAACAUGCCGUAAAUUUCAUUCCCUUAUUCCAUAAAGUUGUCCAUUUCUCAUAAUCUAUGUUAUAACCCAGGUCAAUCGCCCAUUUUACCAUCACCUCCUUGUUUUUGGUAUCCCAUUCCAAUAGAAGACUGUACAUCGUCGAUAAAAGCUUUGUUUUCCCUUCCAAGAUUUCUGUUUGAUAUUUAGAUUUUUUCUCAUUGAAUCCUAAUUUUUUAUCUUCAUUCCAUAAAGCAUUUACCUGGUGAUAUUGUAACCACCCUGUUAAUUUGUUUUUUAAUUCCUCAUAUGUUUUAAUUUUCCAUCCUCUCUCCCUUUUUACUAAAAUUUCUUCAUAAGUUAUUCUUUUUCCUUCCAUGUUCAGUUUUUUUGUUGUUAGUAUGUCUAUCGGUGAAAGCCACCAGGGUGUGUUUCUUUCUAAUAAUUUUUUAUUUUUCUCCCAAACUUCAUAUAGAGCACCUCUAAAAAUGUGAUUCGAAAAGCCUCUAUGAACCUUGGCCUUAUUAAGCCACAAAUAAGAAUGCCAACCAUUGUUGUUGUUGUUUAGUCGUUUAGUCGUGUCCGACUCUUCGUGACCCCCUGGACCAGAGCACGCCAGGCACUCCUGUCUUCCACUGCCUCCUGCAGUUUGGUCAGACUCAUGCUGGUAGCUUCGAGAACACCGUCCCACCAUCUCGUCCUCUGUCAUCCCCUUCUCCUUGCACCCUCCAUCUUUCCCAACAUCAGGGUCUUUUCCAGGGAGUCUUCUCUUCUCAUGAGGUGGCCAAAGUAUUGGAGUCUCAGCUUCAGGAUCUGUCCUUCCAGUGAGCACUCAGGGCUGAUUUCCUUAAGAAUGGAUACGUUUGAUCUUCUUGCAGUCCAUGGGACUCUCAAGAGUCUCCUCCAGCACCAGAAUUCAAAAGCAUCAAUUCUUCUGCGAUCAGCCUUCUUUAUGGUCCAGCUCUCACUUCCAUAAAUCACUACUGGGAAAACCAUAGCUUUAACUAUACGGACCUUUGUUGGCAAGGUGAUGUCUCUACUUUUUAAGAUGCUGUCUAGGUUUGUCAUUGCUUUUCUCCCAAGAAGUAGGCGUCUUUUAAUUUUGUGACUGCUGUCACCAUCUGCAGUGAUCAUGGAACCCAAGAAAGUAAAAUCUCUCACUGCCUCCAUUUCUUCCCCUUCUAUUUGCCAGGAGGUGACGGGACCAGUGGCCAUGAUCUUCGUUUUUUUGAUGUUGAGCUUCAGACCAUAUUUUGCGCUCUCCUCUUUCACCCUCAAUAAAAGGUUCUUUAAUUCCUCCUCACUUUCUGCCAUCAAGGUUGUGUCAUCUGCAUAUCUGAGGUUGUUGAUUUCUUCCGGCAAUCUUAAUUCCAGCUUGGGAUUCAUCCAGCCCAUGCCAACCAUAUCUGUUGUUAAAUCCUUCUAAAUCCAAUAAAUCCGUGUUUUCUAACGUAAUCCAUUCCUUGAUCCAACAUAGACAAGAUGCUUCAUAAUAUAAUUUUAAAUUUGGAACAGAGAAUCCCCCUCUUUCCUUCCAAUCUGUUAAUAAUUGAAAUUUAAUUCUUGGUCUUUUUCCUUGCCAGAUGAUUUUUGACAGUGUUUUUUGCCAAUCCUUCAAUUGUGUUGAUCCCUUAAUUACUGGAAUUGUCUGAAAAAGAAAUAGCAUCUUCGGAAGAAUGUUCAUUUUUAUUGCGGCCAUUCUCCCAGACCAAGAUAGCUUUAUUCUAUUCCAUGUGUCCAAAUCUCUUUUAAUUUCUUUCCAUGUUGUAUUGUAGUUAUCACUGAUUAAAUUAAUGUUUCUCAUUGUUAAUUGGAUCCCUAGAUAUUUCACUUUUUUCGCUACUUUAAUUCCAUAUUUUUGUUCUAACUGCUCUGUCACAUACUUCUCCAGAUUUUUGGUCAUAAAUUUUGUUUUUGUUUUAUUUAAUUUAAAUCCUGAUAAUUUACCAAACUCCUCUAAUUCUUGUAAUGCUGUACCGACUGGUUCUUCUAGAGUAAGUACCAGGUCGUCCGCAUACGCUUUCAAUUUAUAUUCCUUCUUUCCAAUUUUGAUUCCACGAAUUUCCGGUAUUUUCCUCAUCCUGUUUGCUAUCACCUCUAGAACCAUUAUAAAUAGCAGGGGGGAUAGAGGGCAUCCUUGUCUCGUUCCUUUUGUAAUUUCAAAUGACUGUGUCAAAUUGUUAUUAAUAAUUAAUUUAGCUGUUUGUUUAGAAUAUGUAGCUCUUAUACCCUUCAUAAAUGUUCCUUCUAUCCCCAUUGCUUCCAUACUUUUUAAUAAAAACUGCCACGACACAUUGUCGAACGCUUUUUCUGCGUCAAUGAAAAUUAACACUGCUGGUAUUUCAUUUCUGAUUUCCAGAUAUUCUAUGAUGUUUACAAUGUGUCUUAUAUUAUCUUUAAGUUGUCUAUUGGGCAGAAACCCAGCUUGAUCUUUAUGAAUGAGGUCUUUCAAGCUUCUUUUCAAUCUAUCUGCUAAUAUGUUUGUAAAAAUUUUAUAGUCAUUAUUUAACAAAGAGAUGGGUCUGUAAUUUUUGAUAUUUAAUCUGUCCGUGUCUGGUUUAGGGAUCAGAGUUAUGUGCGCUUCCCUCCAUGUGUUCAGUAUAUUCCCUCCUUGCAUAAUAUUAUUCAUAACUUCACCUAAUGCAGGGAUAAGUUGUUCGUCCAAGGCUUUGUAAUGUUUUGUCGAAAGUCCAUCUGGGCCUGGAGCUUUGCCUGUUUUCAUCCUUUUUAUUGCAUUUUGGAUCUCUUCUGUUGUUAUUGGCUUAUUCAAUUGUUCUUUUUCUUCCUCUGUUAUUUUUUCCCCUUUGAAAUUUUCUAAAUAUUUUUCUAUUUUGCUUGUCUCCUCAUUCUCCUUCUUAUAUAAGUCUUCAUAAAAUUUUUGGAAGAUUUUUUUUAUUUCCCUUGGAUCUUCUAUCUGACGAUCUCCUAAUUUUAUUUUAUUUAUCACACUUUGUUUUUGUCUUUUUCUUAAUUGCCAUGCAAGGAGUUUUCCUGUUUUAUUGGCUGAUUCAAAAAAUUUUUGUCUCAUUAAUUUAAUUUUCCAUUCCACCUCUUGGUUUACUAGUAUCAGAAAUUGGGUUUGUAACAUUUGAAUUGCUUGUUUGUUCUGAUCAUCUUUGGGUUUUAUCGUUAAUUUCUUUUCACACUCUUCCAAUUGUGCCAGGACGUCUUCUUUUUUCUUUUCUCUCAGCUUUCUUCUGUAAUUAUUUUGUUUUGAGGAAACCUCUCAUGACUGCUUUGCUUGCAUCCCAAACAACUUCCAAACUUGUUUCCUUGUUUAAGUUCCAUCUAAAAUACUCUUUCAGGCUUUCCUUGGUUUUUUCAAUAACCUCAGAAUUCUCAAAAAGAUUUUUGUUCAUCCUCCAUCUAUAUGUACCUUGUACACUGCUUUUUACCUCUAAAAUUAUGGGAUUAUGAUCAGAUAAAGUUUGGGGUAGAAUUUCACAUUUCAAUAUUCUUGGGGUUAGUUGUCUUGUUUUGUUUUGUUUUUUAAAUGAUUUUUAUUAAAGUUUCAAUAAAAAGUUGAACAGAAGACAUAAAAAAGAAAUACACAAAUGCACAGUACAUAAUCCAAAAAAAGAAGAAAAACACAGAGAACAGAAAGCAAAAAAAAAAAAGAAAGAAACAUGUCAGGGAACUGCCAUCGGAAGGAAGGGAGGUGAAAGGGCUCACACAGGUUGGGAGAGACUCAGCAGCUGAAGAGGGAACCAGUAGGGGGAGAGGAGCUGAGCUGAGGGAAAGUGAGCUGGAGGGAUGGCUCAGAGACACUUCCAGCGAAAACAGUGGGGAGGUUUCAGGACCUCCUGUAGGGACACCCACUCCUCGCCGGAAACUGUCACGCAGAGAGUCCAGAAGACGUGUUUCCGUUAAGGAGCUUUUAUGUUGGAAGCGAUUCCAAAGCAACCACUGUCGGAAUCUGCUAGUGACUAGAGGAGCCAUGUCUGAGGGGCUCCGUCACAGACAGAGGUUUGUGGACUUGAACAAACUCUGAGGGGAUACGAUUUUACGCACAAGCAGCUCAUCAUCCCAUCACAGCAUUCCGACAGUCUUUGAAAGCAGCUUGUGCAGGAGAAGGCAUCAUGAGCAACCCAGCCGGAACCGGAGAAGCAGGAGCUGGAGCGGGUCCAAGCCUGGAAGAAAGGUACCGGGUGUUGGAGGUCCAGCUAGCGCUGCAGACGGCGAGGCUUGAGGAGAGGAGGGCUCAGGAUGCAGACAAAAAGGGAAAGCCACCCAGCUCGCCAGAAAGGUACCAGGAUUGGUGCAGAAGUUUGGGGGGGAGCCCAAAGACUAUCAUGGCUUUCGGACAGAGAUGCAAUAUGCCCUCAAUCUGCAGUUUGAUGAAUUCCCUGACGAGGAAUCACGAGUGGCUUUCGUGAUUGGGCAUCUUGAAAAGGGUGCGAGAGACUGGGUUAGACCCCUGAUGGCAGCGAAUAGUGACGUCCUAAAGGACACGAUGAAGUUCUUUCGCGCCAUGGAUCUGAUGUUUUCCAGCGAUAUUGAACAGGGAGUGGUGCGCAGACAGUUAAUGGCUUGCAAACAGGGGAGCCGAUCUGUCCGUGAGUACUGGACUGAGUUCACCAUGCUGGUUCACAGAUUGGGGUGGGACUUAUCGGCGGAACCCAUUCAAAUGCUCUUUGAAGAAGGGCUUUCUUCGGCUGUGAAAGACGAACUUUCCCGGGCGCCCAGGGCGGAGUCUAUGGACCAGCUGACCAAAUCAGCGCUGACCAUAGGAGCGCGCCAGGAGGCGAGAGCAUUGGAGAGGCGGGAAGGGAAGGGGAAACGUUGGAAGGAGUUCCGCAUUCCAGACAUUCCAGAGCCAACUUUCCCGCCGGCAGAGCCGAUGGAAAUCGGAACAGCGCGCGCGCGCAGUUUCAAAGCCCAGUGAGGGGGAAAGAAGGAGGGAAAAGGCGCCCGGAAAUGCUAUCUCUGCCAACAGCCAGGUCACUUUGCCAGAGUCUGCCCCCAGAGGAAGGAAUGGCAAGGGAUGUUAGGAGCUGUGGAGGGAAGAGAGGAAGAAAUACCGGAGCAAGUUUAAGCCAACGCCUGGCUGCCACCGUCGGGGCACAGCAGCCAGGCCAAAGAGCAGUGAGAGUGCCCACGCCAGAACCUCCUAAACCCGCCCUAGUGAUAGAAGUGGCGCUAGAGCUGCCAAACGGACACCCUCUAAAGAUAAAGGCGCUGUUGGACUCAGGCAGCUCCUGCAAUUUCAUGAGCAAAGAGUUUGCAGCUGAACACCAGAUACAGACGAUCCCUUUAAGCAACCCCCUGCAGGUGACCACGAUCGAUGGCAGGGAGCUGUUGGGAGGAGAAGUCAGCUUGCAGACCGUCCCAAUGAUAAUGAAGGUGGCAAGGCACACCGAACUGAUAGCGUUUAAUGUGGCCACCUUGGGAGGAGCUCCCAUUAUAUUGGGGAUGAGCUGGCUAGCGUUACAUGAUCCGCUGGUGGGCUGGCAUCAGAGAGUGGUUUCUUUUGGUUCAGCACAUUGCUUAGAACACUGCAAAGAGGGAAAGGGUUUGGCAGGGGCCCAAGCCACCCUAGCAGGGACUGAAGUAACGGAGAACGUGAAGGUACCACGACAAUACGCAGAUCUCCGCGACGUCUUCAGCGAAAGGGAAGCUGACCAACUACCCCCCGCAUAGACCCUUUGACUGUCAAAUCAAUUUAGUCCCUGGGGCACAGCUCCCUGUAGGCAAGCUGUACGCCAUGUCAGACAGAGAGAUGCAGGAGCUAAGAGAGUUCAUUGACAAGAACCUGAAGAGAGGGUUCAUCAGAGAGUCCAGGGCGGUGGGGGGCAGCCCAGUGUUUUUUUGUGGAUAAAAAAAACACGAACAAGCCGAGGCUGGUGUGUGACUUCAGGGCCUUAAAUGCAGUGUCAGAACCAGUGGCCUUCCCUAUGCCCAGGAUUGACGACAUUUUGACAAGGGUGCGGAAGGGAAAGAUUUUCACAAAGCUGGACCUAAGGGGGGCGUACAACCUGAUACGAAUAAGGAAGGGGGAUGAAUGGAAAACCACCAUGUUCACCCCUUUAGGGGCAUUUGAAUAUUUGGUUAUGCCCUUCGGCCUACAAGCAGGCUCCGCAUGCUUUCAAUCGUUUAUGAACCACGUCCUGGGGCCUUUGCUUUACAAGAAUUGUGUGGCCUUCUUAGACGACGUGUUGGUGUAUUCUGAGAAUGAGGAGCAGCAUGUGAGAGACGUCAGAGAAGUGUUGAGCAGGCUGCAAGCCAACCAGCUGUGGGUGAAACUGGAGAAGUGUCAGUUUCAUACCAAGGAGGUGGAAUUCCUGGGGUAUCGCCUGUCAGACAAGGGAUUGGCCAUGGAUCCCGGCAAGGUCCAGGCGGUGCUGGAAUGGAAAACACCCAAAACAAGGAAGGAUGUGCAGAGGUUCCUAGGAUUUGGGAACUUCUAUCGUAAGUUCAUCCAAAACUUUGCCCACCUGACGGCGCCCAUUACGGACUGUCUCAGCAGUAAGAAGAAGUUCGUUUGGACUGAGGAGGCGGAGCGAGCAUUUGAGGAACUAAAAAGGGCCUUCGCCUCGGAACAACAACUCCUGCAUGUGGAUUUACAAAAACCGAUGAGAGUGGAAACUGACGCAUCAGGUGGAGUAUUUGGUAGCGUGGGAAGGAGAACCGGAGUCAGAAAACACUUGGGUAAUGGCCGAAGAUAUCAAUGACGAGGUAUUGAUAGAAACGUUCCAUCAAAGGUUCCCAAGGAAACCUCAGCCUGUGGAGAGGUUCCGGAGGGAAUACUUUGGGACCACUGAUGAGGAGGAGGAGUUGGAAGGAUUCCCGGACUCGGAAGGGGAGGGGAGAUGGACUCUGAGGAGGAGGAGUACUUCGAGACCAGGAACCGCAACAGGUGGAGAGAAGUGUUCGAGACAUCGGAAGAUGAAGGAAGUUCAUUCCGGGGUUUUGCCUCCUCACCGCCCGUAGAGGAGGGGGCGAGAGGGGGUGAAGGGGGCCCUGGAGGGGAGGUGGAUGUCAGGGAACUGCCAUCGGAAGGAAGGGAGGUGAAAGGGCUCACACAGGUUGGGAGAGUCUCAGCAGCUGAAGAGGGAACCAGUCGGGGGAGAGCUGAGGGAAAGUGAGCUGGAGGGAUGGCUCAGAGACACUUCCAGCGAAAACAGUGGGGAGGUUUCAGGACCUCCUGUAGGGACACCCACUCCUCGCCGGAAACUGUCACGCAGAGAGUCCAGAAGACGUGUUUCCGUUAAGGAGCUUUUAUGUUGGAAGCGAUUCCGAAAGCAACCACUGUCGGAAUCUGCUAGUGACUAGAGGAGCCAUGUCUGAGGGGCUCCGUCACAGACAGAGGUUUGUGGACUUGAACAAACUCUGAGGGGAUACGAUUUUACGCACAAGCAGCUCAUCAUCCCAUCACAAAACAGAACAAUUAAAAACAAUAUCGCCUUUUCAUUUCCGUUUUUUAAAAUUACUUAUUUUCUGGACCUCCUCAUACCUCCCUCUUUUGUAUCCCAGUCCAAAUUGUUUGUCCAGCAAUUUCUUUUCCACUUUUUUAAUCCCAAUCUUUAAUCUUAAUGUAAUAUAGCAUUAAAAUUUUACCUCUUAAGUACCAAAUUUCCAUUUCCUUAAACUUCUUUAAUCCUAAUCUUUAAUCUUAGUCUAUCUAUAACUUUAUCCUGUACAGCUGGAAACCACUUAUUUUCAAUCCAUCAUCACUCUAACAUUCUUUAAUUUUGCAGUGUUUCUGUAAAUAAUCUUUGAAUUUUGGGGUUAGUUGUCUUGAGGUCCAUAUUUGGUCUAUCCUUCCCCAGCUUUGAUGUGGCUCCGAGAAAAAAGUGAAUUGUUUUGUAGUUGGAUGUCUAAGUCUCCAGACAUCUAUCAGUUCCAGGUUUUCCACCAAAUUAAAAAAAGUCUUUGGUAGUUUACCCUGGUUGGCUUUCUUUUUUAUUGAUCUGUCCAUUUCUGCCAUUACCACACCAUUGUAAUCUCCCAUUAGAAUAGUUUUUUGAUCUUCUAUUUCUAAUAAUCUUUCUUCUAACUUCCUGUAAAACUACUUUGUUUGUGUUUGGUGCAUAAAUUGCAACCACAUUUAUUUUUCCCCCUUGGUAAUUAAUUUGUACCCCCAGUACUCUCCCUUCUUCAUCUUUGCAUGGUUCCCAUUUCUCUUUAACAUAUAACACUACCCCUCUCUUCUUAAUCACAUCUGAAUUUAUAAAUUCUACCCCUAAUCUUUUAUUUUUUUAAAUAUGUUUGUGUUUUUUAGCAACGUGUGUCUCUUGUAAACAAAUUACGUCAAGGCUUUUUUUCUUCAAAACAUUCUCUAGUUAUUUCUCUUAGAUUUCUUGUUUAGUCCGUUCACAUUCCAAGUUAUUAAUUUCAAAGUCAUUGUAAUAUAUUCUAAUCAACCGUAAUUAGAUUCAAAUUCAGAUUCUUGUGGUUUCCCCCUUUAGGUUCUCCUCUUCAAAUUCUUUCCCCUCUUCUUCCUCUUCUAUUUCCUCUUCUUCUUCUUCUUCUUUUUCCUCUUCUUCUCUUUCCUUCUCCUUCUCCUUCUUCUUUCUUCUUUCUUCUGGUUCAGAUUCCUUUUCUCCAAAUCUAUAUAUUGGUCUAUCUGCUUCUACCUUUCCUAACUCUUUCUCGUAUCUCCUUAUAAAUUUCUUCACUUCUUGAAUAUCAGUCAAUCUAAAUAUUUUGUCUUUAUAGUAGAAGGAAAUCCCUUCUGGGAAUUCCCACCUAUGUUGUACACCAUUUCUUUUCAGCACACUCACCCGUUGUUUAUAACCAUCUCUUGCGUAGAAAUCUCAUAGGAAUUUCUUUAAAGAUAAUAAUAGGCCUGCCAUCUAUUAUCAAUUUUUUUGGUAACUCAUUUUCAAUAUUGUGUUUCUCAUAUCUAAUGAAUUAAAUAUCAUUAGACAAUCUCCUGGUAGUUUUUUAGAUUUAGCCUUUAAGGAUCUUACUUUGAUUCUAAAUGCAUUCUCCACAGUAUAUUCAAUUUCUUCUUCUUUCAUAUCCAUCCAUCUUGCCAAUUCUCUAAUCAUUUUAAUUUUUAUAUUUUCAUUCAUUUCUUCCCCUACACCUCUAAAUUUCAGAUUCAAUUGUCUCUGCCUCAUUUCGAGCAUGGCUAAACAGUCCCAUACCUGCUCCUGAAUUUUAUUCAGGUCCCCUAUCUCCUCCUUGAUCUUUUCUGUCUCCCUUUUAUUUUCUUUCACCUCUUUUUGAAUCCUUUUAGUUGAUUUUUCAAUUGUUUUAGAUCUAACUGUCAGAUCCUUAAUCUUGUUUGUGAGCUCCCCCACCACCCCCUCUAUUUUCUUGUCUAGCAUUUCUUGUACUUCUCCUAAUUUUUUCUCCAUGUGUUGUUCAUUUUGUUUAAAUUCUUCUUUUAUUUUCAGCCAUAAAAUAUCCAAAUCUUUGAUCUCUUCUUGUCUGGAGAUUUUCCUUUCUCCUGGACUUCCCCCAAUUUUUUCCUCAUUUUUUCCUGACAUUUUAUACAGUUCCAAUAUAAAUUCACUAUAUUCCGAUAUAAAUUCAAUAUAUUCCAAAAUAUAUCUGCUUCCGUAAUAACAGUUUUCUGCUACAAGGGUGUAGGUGUCCACCACAAAACCUUAAAUACAUAUCCCCCAGAGUAGCAAAAUGUCAAAUGGCAGAAAAAGAAUAUAAUAUCCUGCAGAUACUCACUAGACCUCUAGAUGUCACACUCACCCUCCCUUCCUUCUGCAAUGACUAAUCACUGUUAUCUAUCUAUUUCCCAAUUUACAUUACUCAAAUCAUUAAUUAUCUCAUGAAUAGCACACCAUACAUUCAGUCAUAUCAAAUAAUAUGAAAAUAAAGAAUUGCUAAAGAAAUUUAGUUAUUAGUCCCAAUUAUAAAUUUAUCUGAAGGAGCUUCUCUUCUGUUCUUCUCUGUGUUUAACUCAGUCUUUCUGUAGUCUUCAGCCACUUGUAGACCUAAUCCACCACGCUGAAUUUGAGGGAGGACUUUAAAACACUGAAACUUUAAAAAUAUAUAAUAUAUAUAUAUAAAAUAUAUAAAAAUAUAUAUCUCUACCGCCUCAAUCCAAAAAAGAUAAACCUAAACCCAAUAUCCAUUAUCAAAUUUCAAAUUUCCUUUUCUUGGCCUCUUUUUGGCCUAAUCCAUUGGAGUGUGUUAUAUCGCCCUUUCGUGUCCAAAUCGUGUCCAAAUCAAAUCCAAAAGAAAAAGAAAAAAAGGGGGGGAAUUACGUUUAAGCUCUUCUCUUUUUUUAGCCUCUUGUUGGCUUAAUCCUCAUGAGGAUAAAAGAAAAGCAGAGAGGGAGUAAAAGGGAGUAAAAGUCAAUAAGAGUCAGUACCCAGGGAGGAGAAAAUACCAUUAAAAGAAAGAUUAGCAGUCUGCCAGGGGAGAAAACAAUAAUCCACUUUGCAAUAUAUAUGAAGCAUAAAUGUGUGUGGCUUAAUAGCCUCUAUUUAAAUUCCAUUUGGUUCUAAUCUUUUUUUUUUGUCCUCGUAAAAUGUCUCUUUAAACUUCUUAAACCACCUUCCCUCUCUCCCUCAUAUGUCUUCUCCCAAAGUUUCUACUUAUCUCUUCUUCAGCUCUUUGUUUUAAAGUAGCCUUUGCCUCAGCACAUUGUUACUGAGGACUUUCACUUUUGUACUCACUCAGCAGAGACUGUUAUUUCCUUUUUCUGCUCUUGCGACUUUCUAUCACUGCGCCAUUUUCUCUCCGCUGCUGGGAUAGACUCCCUUCUUCAUCCUACCACAUCUGAAUUGAACAAUCAUUAUUGCAUUACAUUCUUGAUUAAAUUAUCUUUCCAUUGAUAUAUAAUUUUAUGAUAUUACUCCAAAAGAAGUGGUUUUAUGAGCCAUCAAACGUCUGAAAUACACUUUUUUCCAAAAGGCUUCCACAAUUUUGGCCACUACUGUAUAUCAAACAAAGCAACAUUCAACAACCCAUAAGAAUCCAAUAAUAAAUAUGUUGGUUAAUGACAAACAACAAAGGUAAUGAACACACACACAGUUCCUUUCAGUUCUUCUCCAUUUCUUCCCAAGGCUCUAAUCCCUUUUUGUCUCCAUUGCAGAUUGUGAUGAAUUGGAAAUCGAGAACAAGGGUGACCACAACAAAAUCCCCAGAGAGGAGAAGCCACGUGAAAAUUUGGAGUGUGGCGAGAGCUGCAGUCAGAGCUCCCAUUCCACUUCCCAUCAACAAAAUCUCAUCGGAAAGAAACCCCAUCAGUGCAUGGAAUGUGGAAAGAGCUUCACUAAUAGCUCCUAUCUCACUUCCCAUCAGAGAAUUCAUACAGGGGAGAAACCCUAUCAGUGUGUGGAAUGUGGAAAGAGCUUUAGUAGGAGCGACCAUCUCAAUACCCAUCAAAGAAUUCAUACAGGGGAGAAACCCUAUCAGUGUGUGGAUUGUGGGAAGAACUUCGCUGAUAGAUCCACUCUCACUUUCCAUAAAAGAAUUCAUACAGGGGAGAAACCCUAUCAGUGUGUGGAAUGUGGAAAGUGCUUCAGUCAGAGCCGUCAUUUCACUUCCCAUCAAAGAAUUCAUACAGGGGAGAAACCCUAUCAGUGUGUGGAUUGUGGGAAGAACUUCCGUCAGAGAUCCUAUCUCACUUCCCAUCAAAAAAUUCAUACAGGGCAGAAACCCUAUCAGUGUGUGGAUUGUGGGAAGAACUUCACUGAUAGAUCCACUCUCACUUUCCAUAAAAGAAUUCAUACAGGGGAGAAACCAUAUCAGUGUGUGGAAUGUGGAAAGAGCUUCAGUAGGAGUUCCUCUCUCAAUUCCCAUAAAAGAAUUCAUACAGGGGAGAAACCAUAUCAGUGUGUGGAAUGUGGAAAGAGCUUCAGUCAGAGCCACAAUCUCAGUUCCCAUCAAAGAAUUCAUGCAGGGGAAAAACCCUAUCAGUGUGUGGAAUGUGGGAAGACCUUCACUCAUAGAUCCUCUCUCACCUCCCAUCAGAGAAUUCAUACAGGGGAGAAACCCUAUCAGUGUGUGGAAUGUGGAAAUAGCUUCAGUCACAGCCACAGGCUCACUUCCCAUCAGAAAAUUCAUACAGUGGAGAAACACUAUCAGUGUGUGGAAUGUGGAAAGAGCUUCACUAAUAGCUCCUCUCUCACUUCCCAUCAAAGAAUUCAUACAGGGGAGAAACCAUAUCAGUGUGUGGAAUGUGGAAAGAGCUUCAGUAAGAGCUGCAAUCUCACUUCCCAUCAAAGAAUUCAUACAGGGGAAAAACCCUAUCAGUGCAUGGAAUGUGGAAAGAGCUUCAAUCAGAGGUCCUCUCUCACUUCCCAUCAAAUAAUUCAUACAAGGGAGAAACCCCAUCCGUGUGUGGAAUGUGGAAAGAGCUUCAGUUCGGGCUGCAAUCUCACUUCCCAUCAGAGAAUUCAUACAAAGGUUGGGAAAUCCUCCAUUCUAUAGCUUUAGGAGCCAGGCAAAUACCUACCUGUUUAGGGAAGUUUUUAAUGUCUGAUGUUUUAAUGUAUUUUUAGUUGUUUGUUGGAAGCCGCCCAGAGUGGCUAGGGAAACCCAGCCAGAUCAGCAGGGUAUAAAUAAUAAAGCAACAUCUUUGCUUAGGUGUUUUACAACCUGCCCAUUGUCUCUGUCAUUUGCUGUGGCAAUAAUCAAUCACCAACAAAAACAAGAACAUAUGAAAAUUGUCCAUUACAAAAAACUUCCUGGCGUGGUGCGCUCAGCGCCGGGUCAGGGAAAGCGCUUUGCUGCAGUAAGAGCGCUCCCAAUCACGGAUACGGGAUAAAAAGACGGGGGAGCGAGGGCGACGCAAACCCUGAAGAGGUCUGAGAGGAGGUUCCAGACUGAAGAAAAUCGAUCCAAGCAGCGCAUAAAGGGGUUUUCUGCCGUCCCAGCACAAAAAGUGGAGGGAGGUGGAAGAACCCCAGCGCAGAAAGAUCGCACACCCGAUCGUGAGAUGCCCCUGAGACCCGAAUGAGAAAGCACCAGGCUGCUCCAAACUAAAACUGUAAAAUCAUGAGUACUCCUGAAGGAACAAGGUAAUAAUGCUGGCUUAAAUUAAAAUAAAAGGAGUACGGAAUAACUUAAUAUUAUAAAGGACAGUAAAGCUAAUAGAGAGAGGAGCUUCAGCGUUCUGAGACUUAUCAAGUUGUUGAAAAUAAGCCUUGUAAAGAGGCAGAAAAUAAAAACUGAGACAUACUGAGUACCUGCUUCUACAGGGGGACGCUCUGUUGAGAGAGACAAGGAGCUGAAAUAGCAAGCAGCAGCAGCGGUGACAACAAAGCAGCAGCCACUGAGGAGGAGAUCAGCGUAAAACAAAGGGGUGAGUGAAAAAGGUAAAGGAGGGGGAGGAACGUGGAGGAUACAGUGGAAAAGAGAAGGAGUAGGAAAGAUUUGAAGACCAGGCAGCGGUGGGAAGAUAAAGAUUAAGAUAAAGAAGUGAAAGGGAAGAGGAAGAGAUAUACAAAGGGAGAGAAAGGAGGAGGAAAAGACUGGAAUAGGGAAGAAAGCAGCUGGCAAAAAUGGCGCUGGGGGGGGAAGAGUGAGUCAUCGCCCUCAGAAGGGAAAAAAGCCAGAAGAAGAUAGUGGCUGAAACAGUCACUGCAACAGAGAGGCUAGAGAAACAAAACAAGAAGGACCACCUCACAAGUAAAUUGGAAAAUCCCAUAUUACUCCCAUAAUUUAAAAAACGCUGCUAAGACACAGGCUUGAAGCACAACCAUAAAGAAAACUAGCUAUACACGAAAGGACAUCUGAAAUACCAAGUUCAGCUUCUAGAAAAUAAGUUCUUAAGACGGAUGUUAAGUACUGCGAAGGAAUUUUUCUCUGAUAAUUGCCAAAGUAAUUAAAGUAAAACAAAAUAUUUAACAAAUUUCUUAUUAAAAUUUGGACCUUUUUUUUUUACUUUUUUGUUUAAUUAAAUAUUUGAGAUGAACUGAUAAUGACAUAGGGUAAAACCACCGGAAUCUUAACUGACUUUCAAUCCCAACAGAUGGAAUAAAAGGACCAAAUUAUAGACUAUAAACAGAGCAUUUUCAAAGUUUAGGAAUAUAUAUAUUCUUGGUUUGAAAUAAAGAUAUCUAGAUCAGAACCAAAAGGAAGAAGAGAAAUAUGGGUUCUAAAAAAUACCAAACUACACUGACAUCUGGGUCAGGUCUACAAGUGAGAAGACAAUCAACAGCUGAAACAGACCCCAAUGCUGACAUGAAAGACCUUAUAAUGGGGAUGGAAAAGAGCCUGAAUGAUUAGCUGGCAACAUCCAACAAAACUCAAAGCUAAUAAUAGACUUAACAACGCAAAUAAGUGACCUCUCACUUAAAAAUAAAGAACUGGAUGAAUCUGUACAAGAACUUAAGAGUAAAUCUACCAAACAAGAGGAAAUGACGAAGAAAUUGCAAAUGGAAAAUAAGGACUUUAAAAAAUCACAAGAUUCAACGAAGGAAGAAAUAAACGACCUAAAGAGAGCCCAUGAAGAGCUGCUAGAUGAUAUAUCAUUGAUGGAGAUGAGUCAGAAGGAGAUGGUCCUCCACUUCCGAGGCGUCCCACAAACUCAUGAUGAACAAAUUCAAGAGAAACUAUCACAGGAGAUUGCAAACUGGUUGGGAGUAGAGGUAGAAGAGAUGCUAUUGGAUAUUGAUAAAAUUUUCAGGAUCAGAUCAGAAAGAUCGGACACUUAUAAAGGGCCAGGAGAUUGCUUAAUUUUUUUCAACUCAAGACUUUUAAAGGACAAAAUAUUACAUCAAAAAGGACAAGUGAAGUUAAUAAUAGAAGAUAGGCCUAUCAAAAUAUUUAAGGAAAUCCCAAAAAGAAUUUUGAAGAAAAGGCAGAACUAUAAGACAGUAACAGAAGCACUCAAGAAGAAUUCGAUUAGAUUUCGGUGGGAAUUUCCUGAGGGCAUCACCUUCACAUAUAAGGACAGAAGAAAAACUUUUAGAUCAGUAGACGAGCUGGGAAAAUUCUGGAGGAAGUACAAAAAAGAACUAACUGGAGAUCCAACAUUGGAGCGAGAGGAAACAACGCAGACGCCACAAGAAGCAUAGAGAGACAAGCGCAUAUUAAGGGGGGGGGGAGAGAUUGGGAGAAACAUAUUAUCAAAAUCCUAAAAUUUCUGAGUUUUCUUUUUCUUUUCUUUUCUUUUUUUUAUUUAUUCAAGGAAACCAUUGUAUAUAAUAAAUAAAGAUUAAUGAAUCUAAAAAUUAUAUCUUGGAAUGUUAAUGGUUUAAAUGAUAAGAGGAAGAAAAUAAAAUAGAACACGUGUUGAGGAAAGAACAAUGGGAUAUUAUAUGCUUGCAGGAGACCCAUGUGACUAGAAAUCACAAAAGGGUUUUAGAAAACAAGAGGUUGGGUCAAGAAUUUAUAUCCUCAGAUGUAAAAAAGAAAAGGGGAAUUGUGUUCUAUGUGAACCCUAAACUAGAUGCAAAAAAAAAUCUUUAAGGAUGGUGAGGGUAGAUUAUUAGGGGUAAAAAUAACAAAAGGUAAAGAACAUUUAAUUAUAGUAGGAGUUUAUGCACCGAAUGGUAACAAAACAGAAUUUUUCAGAAAAGUAGAAGCUAACUGUAAUGGUUCUAGGGGUUGCUCGUGUAUAAGCCGGUGCAAACACCUGGCUGGAUUGCCUGAGUGAACCUUUUCUGUCCGGACAGCCACUCACCCGUGGCUGUCUCAAUCGCUGGCAGAAUCCAUCAGUGGGCGUUUCUUAAACUUCCAGCAAAGAAGCUCUUUGACGCCUAGUCUCCGCCUACUCUCUCUGCGCAGAAGCCUUCUGUGCAAGGAGGGCGUAGGCAGCGGAGGACCUCUACUCUACCACAGUUCAAGAAUGACACUGACAAACUGGAACGUGUCCAGAGGAGGGCAACCAAAAUGGUCAAAGGCCUGGAAAGGAUGCCUUAUGAGGAACGGCUAAGGGAGCUGGGCAUGUUUAGCCUGGAGAAGAGGAGGUUAAGGGGUGAUAUGAUAGCCAUGUUCAAAGAUAUAAAAGGAUGUCACAUAGAGGAGGGAGAAAGGUUGUUUUCUGCUGCUCCAGAGAAGCGGACACGGAGCAAUGGAUCCAAACUACAAGAAAGAAGAUUCCACCUAAACAUUAGGAAGAACUUCCUGACAGUAAGAGCUGUUCGACAGUGGAAUUUGCUGCCAAGGAGUGUGGUGGAGUCUCCUUCUUUGGAGGUCUUUAAGCAGAGGCUUGACAACCAUAUGUCAGGUGUGCUCUGAUGGUGUUUCCUGCUUGGCAGGGGGUUGGACUCGAUGGCCCUUGUGGUCUCUUCCAACUCUAUGAUUCUAUGAUUCAGCCUCUGUUGAAGAUGUGUCCACGAUUCCUUGCUUUUUGGACUUCCAACCUUUCAAGGAAUCCACAAAUUGAAACCCCAUGCCAGAAAUGGAUUUUCUAUCAGGCAGGUUGGCCCAAUCACUGUCAACAUAACACUGCAAUUUUGUAGACCCUGAAGAUGGUAAUCUUAAACAAUAAUCAAGUGUAUGUUUCAAAUACCAGAAAAUACGUUUUAAACCCUUCCAGGCAUUUUCUGUGGGGCAGCUUAUGAGUCUGCUCAGUAUUCCAACUGCAUAACUCAAAUCUGGUCUGCUCCACAAUGAAAUGUAUAAUAAACUUCCAACUACUGAAUGGUACAUUUCAGGAUUUACAGGUUCUGUGCAUUCUUCUUCAUCCUUGCAAAAACCUAUUUCCAUUGGGGUUUUUACUCCCUUGCUAUUUUGCAUAUUGUUUCAUUCAAGUAAUUCCAUUAUUUUAUCUUUUUGACUCAACAAAAAACUUCCAUCGUUUGUCCUUUGAAUUUCUAGACCGAGAUAAUUUUUUACUGGUCCCAAAUCUCUUACUUUAAAUUCUUUUCUUAGUUGUUCUGCAAAUUUUUCCACUUGCUUGUCAUUUUUUGUAGAAUAAAGCAAAUCAUAAACAUUAACAAUUCUUGUUUAUCACCCUUUCCUUUAGUGUACAAGCAAUUAUCAGCUAACCUUCUUUUAAAGCCAAUAUUUUUUAAAGUAUUAUCUAGACACUUGUUCCAAUUUCUAACUGAUUGUGUGUGUUGAAUGGUCACUUUAAAAUGUGAAGGUUCAUUAUUAUAUCACAAGUUGGGUAUGUCUUUAAGGGCCAGGGCAAAUAACGAGACCCAGUCUUGCAGCUGUGAAACAUAGCAGGUGCUGCUAGGUUGUGUUAAUUAAGCUGUGUCAGCAUUUGGGCAUAGUAUAUAAGGAGCAGCACCUAGCUCUCCCAUUACCCUGGGGGAUGGGUUGGUGGUUGGGACUGGUUUGUUGUUGAUGUAUUUAGUGUAUAAGGAGUUUUUGUUUUUCUUAUUAAAACCUUGUUUAAGUUAUUUUUGAGUCCCUUUUUAAUGCAUGGUCUCCCCAGCAAGCUCUCUGCAGCACUACUAAACUGCAAAUAGCCAACAGUUUGAGCCCAUAGAUUGCUUUGUGUAACCCAUAUACAGAAUUCUGUUCGCCUGCCUCAAAUCCUGGUGCUUGAUUCAUAAAAAUUUCUUUGUGCAGAUUUGCGUUAAGAUAAGCUGUUUCAAUAUCAAAAUGAUUUACCUUAAACCCAUGUUGUGCUGCAAUUGCUAGCAAUAAACAUACAUUUUCGCUCCUUACAGUAGGAGAAAAGGUUUCAUCAAAACUUUUACCUUUUCUUUGCGUAAAGCCUCGUGCUACCAGCCUAGCUUUGUACUUAACACUACCAUCUGCCAAGUGUUUUAUUUUAUACACCCAUCUACAGUCCACUGCCUUUUUUCCUUCUGGCAAUGGCUCAAUAGUAAACAUAUUAUGUUCUGCCAAAGAUUACAUUUCUGCUCUCACUGCAUUUUUCCACAUUAUAAUUUCCUGGUGUGGUAACUUUAAAACCUCCUCAUAAUCACUAGGUUAUUUCUUCACAUCAACAGUUUUAACUUCUUGUAUAGUAAACCUUUCUGGAGGUACCCCCUUAUUGUUUCUUUGUGAUCUAACUUGAACACUUUCCCCCUCUGAACUAUCUUCCCCUUCUGAUUCAUCUUGCUCAGGAGAAAUUGGUUCAGCUUUAGGAGAUUGUGUAUUGGGACCCUCAUCCCCUGAGUCCUCAUCACUAUUACUUUCAGAACUUUCUUGAAUUUGUGACUUUUCUUCCUCAGAUUUCACAAAUUUAUCUGUAUCAUCAGAAGAUAAAACAACUUCUGAAUUUCCAUGUAAACGAGCCCAACCAUCUUGCUCACAAAACUCUGCAUGUCUUGGUAUCACAACUCUGCCACGCCCUAGUGCAAAACGAUACCCCUUUGACCAACUUUGAUAACCAACAAACCUAAGUCUCUUUGCCUUGGGAUCUCCUUUCCUUCUCUGUCCCUUUGGGAUGUGAACCCAAGCCCAACAAUCAAAAGUUUUAACGUGGUCCAAAAAAGGUUUUUUCCCCAUAAAGCAAAAAACGAGGGGUAUUGUUUAUGGUAGAAUGAAACAAUCUGUUCUGUAUGUAAUUAGCACAGAGAAUUGCUUCCCCCCAAAAUUUCCUGGAUAAGCCAGAAUCACAUAACAUAGACUCUAGCAUUGUUUGUAAAGACAUUAUCUUGCGUUCUGCAAUCGAAUUUUCUUCGGGUGAAAAAGAACAUGAUUUAUGGCGACUAAUACUACGUUUUUUUCAACCAUAUCUGGAGGGCUUCAGACAUGAACUCGCCUCCAUGGUCACUCUGCAAUUGGGUAACUUUGUAGGGAAACUGCCUUUCUGUACAGUUGACCCAAUUUUCAAUCAGUUGACCAGUUUCACUUUUGUGUUUUAACAAGUAUACCCAAGUAUACCGGCUAUAAUCAUCCACAAGAACCAGGAAAAACUUUGCUCCUCCUUCAGAUUCUGCAAAUGGCCCACAAAGGUCUGAGUGUACUAAAGCAAAUGGAUUCUUGCUAAUUCUAUUACUUUCAGGAUAAGAUCCCUGCUUACUUUUAGACUCCUUGCAGGUAUUGCAGUCCAGAAAAACUGAACACUUUUUCAUUUUAAUUCCCUUACUUAAUUCUGGCAUUUUUGCAAUGCUACGGAAAUUGGCAUGCCCCAAACGACGGAUGCCACAAAUACUGGCACUCAUCAUGCAAGGCUCUAUUACAGGCAUUAACACAUGCCCCAGACUCACUUAUUAGCUGGUCUUUUAAAACAAAUAAACCAUUUUUUAGGGAUGCUGUAACCACUUUUCCAGCUUUCUCUAUUUUACAGCCUGAACCAGAGAAGGUUACCUUAAACCCCUGCUUAACAAGACUUGCAGCUGAAAGCAAAUUAUUUUCUAAACUUGGUACACAUAAUACAUUGGUAAAUUUGGUGCUUAAACAGUUAAGAUUCAUAUUACCCUUUCCAGCUGACUCAUGCACUGUUCCAUCAGCUAGUACUACAUUUACAGAUUUACAAGGUUGUUUUUCUAAGGGCUUGUGCAGACUUUACAAAAAUGUUUGUCACUGCUGAGUCUAAAAUCCAGUCCUGUCCAACGUCAUGACUGGUACCUCGAACUGCUGCAGAAACAUACUGGACUUGACUCUUCCUGUCUCCUCGCUUCCCAGCAAACGCAGGCCACCCUUUUCUUGUGUUUUCUCCAACAGACAUAGUGCACUGUCGUACUAAAUGCUUGGUUGACCAUUUUUGCCUAGGGAAUUCCAGGAGGUGGGGGAAUCAUUUGUCCUAUUCCAAUAAUCUGCGUGCAUAGGUUUCAUGUUAUUUGGAGAUAGUAACACCCAUUAAUUUCAUGUAAUCUAGGUGUUUAUUCAGGUGAGGAUGAAUAUAGCACUAUAGAAAAACCCUUCAUGACUGUGUCUGCAAUGUUUCCAAUAUGACUGCACUUACCCAUUAAAGUGUGUCAUUAAAUGCUGAGAAAUCGUACCAUACUCAGCUUACGGAUCUCAUCCCCAAGAAACCCUACACAGAGUAGCUGCUUUUCCCCAAUUUCUUAGCGAGAAAUAGCUGAUAUUGAGAAGGAAGAGAGAGAGACCCUAUCCAUCAAACUUUGGGGAUUUAGUAGGCAUCCUUUCGGCGAUGCUGCCCUGCUUCAGUUUGCCUCUGUCGGCCCCUGAUGCCCCUUCCCUGUGGCCCCUGAAUGGCUCUCUCCUCAUCCGUCUGUCUCGGGAGACAAUGGAGGACGGCUCAAGAGGUGGGGAUAGAUAGAUAGAUAGAUAGAUAGAUAGAUAGAUAGAUAGAUAGUUUAUUACGGCCAUAGGCCCAUAUUCAAUACAUCAUACAGCAACACAGGUAUAACAAGAUAAAAUUGAUAAGAAGAAGAGAAGAAGAGUUUGGAUUUGAUAUCCCGCCUUUCACUCCCUUUAAGGAGUCUCAAAGCGGCUAACAUUCUCCUUUCCCUUCCUCCCCCACAACAAACACCCUGUGAGGUGAGUGGGGCUGAGAGACUUCAGAGAAGUGUGACUAGCCCAAGGUCACCCAGCAGCUGCAUGUGGAGGAGCGGAGACGCGAACCCGGUUCCCCAGAUUACGAGACUACUGCUCUUAACCACUACACCACACUGGCUCUCCGAUAAAUUAAAUUACGUUUAAAUCAGGUACAUCUCAGACCGUAAGUUUCUAAAUUCCAUUAAAAUAAGAACAAUAUAGCACUUAAAAUAUCAAAUUAUCAGUAUAAAUCAAUAUUAUUUAGGCAAAAUCAAUAAUCAUAGAGUAAUCCAUUUUUCUUUUUAUAAGCUAAUACUGUUAUCAGAAAUCUGGCAACAGAAAGGGACCUACUCGGAUCAGAAUCUUGCAAUAAAUGAAUUAGCUGUAUUUCCAAGGAGUCACCUGAGAUUUCCAAUAAUAAAGGGGACAAAAAUCUGGUCUGAGAAACUGAAUGUAGUGAACAACAGAAUAGUAUAUGUUGUAAAGAUUCUAUAGAUCUAUUAUCGCAUACGCACACCGCUGAGAUCCGACCAUUGGAAAAUCUAUUUUUCAGGACAUUGGAAGGAAAGGCAUUAAAUCUUGCCUUAAUAAAGGCAUAUCUGUGGGCCGCUACAGACAAAGAGGUCAAAUAAGAUGGUAUCUGCUGUGAGGGCACUAUGCCAAAGUUUAAUGGUGAGCAAGUGCCACUACCCGAAAUGGUGUUUUGUUGUAGGUCAAUCUCCUCAAGUUUUUGAGUGAGGAUUUUUUUUGCUGUGGUUAGGUCCAAUUCCAAUAAUUCUGAUGGAGACAAUCCAUAGGUCACUACUUUAGAAUGGAUCUCUUUUGCCCCUAGGACAGGAAAAUUAUCUCUCCGGAGGCAUUGGAUCAAAUACAGAUUCGGGAGCCUAUGCCUUAAGGACAACCAGUAACAAAGGCUGCACCUCCAAAGAGUAUUUUCUAAAGAUGUAGUUUUUAAUUCUAAAUGAAUAGCUGCGUUGCUAACACACUGAGGAAGUUUUAGCAGUCGUCUUAGAAAUUGAUUUUGAAUUACCUCCAAGGGCAUCAAGUUUACUGUGGUCCCCCAUAAAGGAACAGCAUAUGCCAAUUACUUUAGCUUUGAAUACUUUCAGGGCAGAUGGAACAUGAAGAGCCCCGUCCGAAAAGAAAAAGCGCAAAAGCGCAAAGGAUAGGGCCUUGGCCUUGUUUAAAAUAUGUGCAAUAUGAGCCUUCCAACCCAGAUUAUAAUGGAGAAAGACUCCCAGGUAUUGAAAUUUAUAGACCUGUUCAAUAGGUUUUCCAUCUAAUUGCCACUUAUAGGAUUUCCGACUUUUUGAGAAGAUUAGUACUUUUGAUUUAGAUUGAUUUAUAGUGAGGGAAUUUGUUUUACAAUAUGAAACAAAGAAUUUUAAUGCUCUCCUGAGGCCAAUUCUUGAGAAGGAUAAAAUCACAGCAUCAUCAGCAUAGAGUAAUAGUGGGCAACGAUAGUUUGCGAGGCGGGGGGCAUGGGUGAUUUCCUGCGAUUCAGCCAAUGGUAUCCUCAUGUCACUAAUGAAUAAAUUGAAAAGAAAAGGAGCUAGGAUACAUCCUUGCCGGACUCCUCUGUUGAUGGGCACAGAGUUUGUGAGAUCGCCGGCUGGGGUUAUUCUCACCCUAGCAGCCGACCCCUCAUGCAGCUGGAUUAUUAACCAUAAAAGUCUUCUAUCAGUUCCCCAUCGGGUCAACUUUUCCCAGAGCAACCUUCUGGGGAUGCUGUCAAAUGCAGCCUUAAGGUCGAUAAAAGCCGCACAUAGUUGGCCCCGGUUUGAAGAGGAGUAUUUCCGGGCUAGAUGGUGCAAGACUAAAACAUGGUCCGUAGUUGACUGGUUCGGUCUGAAUCCUGCUUGCUCGGGGCCUAUCAGUUUCUUUUCUUCAGCCCAUUGGGUAAGUCUAUUCAGCAGAAAACGUGCGUAUAUCUUUCCAACUAUUGACAGUAAACUAAUAUUCCUAUAAUUCUCCGGAUCGUCUGGGGAGCCUUUUUAUAUAUUGGAAUUAUAAUAGCGUCCUUCCAUAUUUUUGGCACCCUUCCAGUUGUAUUAAUGGCAUCGAAAGUAACAGCCAGGAUUUUUGCCCACCAGUCGGAAUGUAGUUUUAUGGCUUCCGCCGGAACCAAGUCUGGCCCAGGGGCUUUGCCGAUUUUAAGUUUAGAGAUUAAAUUCAAGAUUUCAUCAGGGUCAGUAGGAGGCCAGAUAGGGAGAUGGUCAAAUACAUCAUCAAGAGCGUUGGUAUUGGGAUCUGGUGACGCAAAAUAUUUCCUUAAAAAGGAUUCCCAGACCGGGGCAGGAAUUAUUGUUAAGGGAUAGCUCCUUGAUCUUCUAUUAACCAGUUGCCAAAAUUGCCGUGAGCUACAUGAACUAGAGGCGACGAUUAGCGCCUGCCAGCGAUUAUGUUGCCACUCUUGCUUAGCUAUUCUCUGGGCUUGCUUAUAUGCUGUUUUUGCUUGCUGGUAAUUCCUAGGUAAUACUAAGGCACCAGAAGAUUUAUAUUCAUUAUAAAUGGCACAGAGAUGUCGUCUAGCUUGUUUGCAUUUUAAAUUAAACCAGGGGGCACCGGUCUUAAAAUGGGCCCGAUUUACUUGGAUGGCUGGUACUGCAAAAAAGGACAUAAGAUCUUCUGUAAGCAAAGAGAAUGAAUUAAUAAUUCAUUCAUGCCCAUACAGAUCUAAAUCUAAAACAGCAUGAGUUUGAAUUUUCUCUUGUUGGAAGAAUUCCGUAUAUAUAUAUAUAUUUAUUUUUUUUAUAAAUGAUUUUUAUUAAAGUUUCAAUAAAAAGUUAGACAAAUAGACAUAAAAAAGAAAUACACAAAUACACAAUACAUAAUCCAAAAAAGGAAGGUAAACACACACAAAAAAACAAAAAGCAGAAAAAACAAAAAAAAGCAGAACAAUUAAAAACAAUAUCACUGUUUCAUUUCCGUUUUUAAAUUUACUUAUUUUCUGGACUUCCUCAUACCUCCCUCUUUUGUAUUCCAGUCCAAAUUGUUUGUCCAGCAAUUUCUUUUCCACUUUUUAAUCCCAGUCUUUAAUCUUAAUAUAAUAUAACAUCAAAGUUUUACCUCUUUAGUACCAAAUUUCCAUUUCCUUAGACUUCUUUAAUCCUAAUCUUUAAUCUCACUAUAAUAUAACGUUAAAAUUUUGCCUCUUAAGUACCAAAUUUCCAUUUCCUUAAACUUCUUUAAUCCUAAUCUUUAAUCUUGAUCUAUCUAUACCUUUAUCCUAUACAGCUGAAAACCACUUAUUUUCAAUCCAACAUCACUCUAACAUUCAUUAAUUUUGCAGUGUUUCUGUAGAUAAUCUUUGAAUUUCUUCCAAUCUUCCUCCACCGACUCUUCUCCCUGGUCACGGAUUCUGCCAGUCAUUUCCGCCAGUUCCAUAUAGUCCAUCAGUUUCAUCUGCCAUUCCUCCAGCGUGGGAAGUUCUUGUGUCUUCCAGUACUUUGCGAUGAGUAUUCUUGCUGCUGUUGUUGCAUACAUAAAGAAAGUUCUAUCCUUUUUUAACACCAUUUGGCCCACUAUGCCCAGGAGAAAGGCCUCUGGUUUCUUGGGGAAGGUAUAUUUGAAUACCUUUUUUAGUUCAUUAUAUAUCAUUUCCCAGAAAGCCUUAAUCUUUGGGCACGUCCACCAAAGGUGAAAAAAUGUACCUUCAGUUUCUUUACAUUUCCAACAUUUAUUAGCAGGCAAAUGAUAGAUUUUUGCAAGCUUGACUGGGGUUAUGUACCACCUGUAUAUCAUUUUCAUAAUAUUAUCUCUUAAGGCAUUACAUGCCGUAAAUUUCAUACCUGUGGUCCACAACUGUUCCCAGCCAGCAAACAUAAUGUUAUGUCCAACGUCCUGUGCCCAUUUAAUCAUAGCCGAUUUUACCAUUUCAUCCUGAGUAUUCCAUUUCAGCAGCAAGUUAUACAUUCUUGACAAAUUCUUAGUUUUUGGUUCUAACAGUUCAGUUUCUAAUUUUGAUCUUUCCACCUGGAAGCCAAUUUUCUUGUCCAAUUUAAAUGCCUCCAUUAUCUGAAAAUAAUGAAGCCAGUCUCGCACUUUAUUUUUUAAUUUUUCAAAACUCUGCAAUUUCAGUCUAUCUCCGUCUUGUUCCAAAAUUUCCCAAUAUUUCGGCCAUUUGACCUCCAUAUUGACCUUUUUCAAGGCUUUCGCUUCCAUUGGUGACAGCCACCUUGGGGUUUUGUUUCCUAGCAAUUCCUUAUAUCUUAUCCAAACAUUAAACAGUGCUUUCCUGACAAUGUGGUUUUUAAAUGCUUUAUGUGCUUUGACCUUAUCAUACCACAGAUAUGCAUGCCAUCCAAAUACAUUGUUAAAACCUUCCAAGUCCAAAAUGUCAGUGUUUUCAAGAAGUAGCCAUUCUUUCAACCAGCACAAAGCUGCUGAUUCAUAGUAAAGUUUGAGGUCUGGCAGGGCAAAUCCACCUCUUUCCUUUGCAUCCGUUAGUAUUUUAAAUUUUAUUCUGGGCUUCUUGCCCUGCCAGACAAAUUUAGAAAUAUCUUUCUGCCACCUCUUGAAACAAUCCAUUUUGUCCACAAUUUGCAAAGUUUGAAACAAAAACAGCAUUCUAGGCAAUACAUUCAUUUUUAUCGCAGCAAUACGGCCCAGCAGUGAAAGCUUCAAAUUUGACCAAAUUUCUAAAUCUUUUUUCACUUCAGACCAACAUUUUUCAUAGUUAUCUUUAAAUAAGUUCCCAUUUUUGCUGUCAUGUUAAUCCCCAGGUAUUUAACUUUCUUAACCACUGUUAAACCUGUCUCAUUCUGAAACCUCUCUCUUUCAAUCGGUGUUAAAUUUUUCUCUAAAACCUUGGUUUUGACUUGUUCAAUUUAAAUCCUGCCACUUGACCAAAUUCUUGAAUCAGUUCUAAAACCCUUUUAGUACUAGAUUCUGGCUCCUGUAACGUCAAUACUAAGUCAUCUGCGAAUGCUCUCAUAAUUCCGUAUAUUUUUGGGCUUGAGUUACUGACCAUUUUAUUCCUCUCACUUGUUCUGCAGUAUUUAUUCCCAUAUUUAUGGGGUGUCUAGGCUUGAUAGACUGCCAGUCUAGGAAAAGCUUGGCACUCAAGGGGAGAUGGUCGCUCAUUUGGACGUUUUCUAUUUUAAAGUAAGAAAAAUUUGGGAAUAGAUCUCUCAAAACAAUAAAAUAAUCGAGAACACUAUUUGUAAGUGUGCUCAAAUGAGUAAACUCACCCUGAAUAUCCGGGGGACAAUUUCCAUUUAAAAUUAUCAAAUUCAAACGUAAAAUCAGCUGAUAAAGAAGGGUUCCCGCUUCAUUAACCCUAUUAUCUUUCGAUUUUCUCUGUAUAUGGGGGGAGAAAUCCAAGUUCUGGUAUCAGGUAUGACCCACCAUUUGGCCUUGCCUAGCGCUUCCCAGUUUGCAGCUGUACGAGCAUUAAAAUCACCUCCCAUGACUGCUGAGAUAUUUGGGAACUUAGUAUAACAGAAAGUUAGGUGUUCUUCAAGUGUUUCCCAUUUGGAAUGGAGGUCCACUACCUGCCCCCAAGGGGGGAAAUAAACAUUUGUUAUCAGUAAUUCAAAUUUCCCUCCUGAAAUCAGUCCUGUAAUCGCGUACGGAGAGGAAGAUUUAACAAGUGUAAGUUUUGCUUGCAAUUUGAGGGAAAUGGCUAUUACCAAACCUCCCCUAGGGCGUCCACCUUUAAGAGAGGGGCUAACUGGAAGCAAAAUGGUAUCGUAUCCAUUUAUGUCAAUCGCCUCCUCUUCCCAAGUUUCUUGUAGGAGAAUUACUUGAAAUAGAUUAACAAAUUUUAAGAAGUCUGGAUCAGAUUUCUUCCCCCUCCAUCCCGCAAUAUUCCAGCAUAAAAAUGACAUUGAGGAGUGGUUGGGUUGGUCGUUAGGUAGUCAGGUCAUGUGGGAAUGGGAUUCUAACUUUAGGGGAGCUUCAGCUUCAAAAAAAUCAGUAAUUUUCCUUUGAGAAGGUGGCAAUUGUGCUAUACAUCCCAACUGUUUGAAUUUAUUGGGGUGGUUUGGCUGUAAAGUCGUGCCGCUCAUCUCGCUAAAGGCAGAUGUUUGGCCUAAGAUAGUCGACUUUUCAGAGCCAGAUGGUAGAAUUAGGGGGGAAUUACUUAGAGAGAGCGAAAUUAAAUCAGCAGGUAUCGUGCCACUAGUUGAGUGAUCAUUAGUUGUUUGGAUAAUUUUGUUAAUACGACCUGUCGCAAGCGGUGGGGAGAUUGCAAGGCCUGCUGGGGCAGCUGGCUGCUGUGACGGACAGCAGAGCCAGAGCAGAGUCUGGGGUGCAGUGCCUCACCAUUCCACCAGAGGGCCAGAGCCUCUUUCUGAUUGGCUACCCAGAGGGGGGUGGCGCCAGCACUUUUGGAGGGAAAAUAAAGAGCCGUUUCUGAGGGGAUUUUUAGAAAGGGCUGGGUUUGAGAUGGGAGAGAGGGCUGAUCGAGAGAAGAUGGGGACGAGGAGAGGGUGGAGGGAGGGAGGGAGAAGUGGCUCUGAUCUGAGUGGAUCAUCUGCUCUGAGGAGAAUAUCUAUGGAGCCAGAGGAAGGAGCCUCACAGCUGAGAAGGGGAGACCAUGUUGAGGGUCUGGAGAGAGUAUUCAGAUGGGAGUGAAGCUGGAGGGAGAAGCUGUGGGAAGACUCUCCUCUUCUUCUGGGGUCUCCUUCCAGUCAGGAGGAGAGAGAUCUUCUAGGAAAAGGAGAUUCCCGAGUCCGUGGCAAGGGCUGAGAGGAUCCCCUGGGUCUGGCAUACAAAGGAAAAUACCUCAGGAGUGGGAUUGCUAAGAGAGAGGGGAAGCGAGGAAAAGUGGCCCCUCGCUGUGAAGGAAGCUGGGCUGUGUCAAAAGUACCUCACGGAAAGACCUCUCAUAACUAAGUGAGGGGAUGAGAGAGAAGCCGCAGAAAGAGAGUUCAGCCUUUCACCACCUAUUCUGGAAACCUGAACAUCUCCCUGAAGUGCGACAACUGAUUUUGAGAGGAGGGAGUUGAAGAGAAGCUGUGCCUGCAGAACCGUGUUUAAUCCUGAGACAUUUAGCUGAAGUAGUAAGUUAACUUCUACCUGAAAGAACACAUCUCCUGUCUUCACUUUGUUUCACCAUUCUCUUUUUUGUAAAUACAACUUUCCUUGUCUCAUUAUCUCCUGCCAGAGACUCCCUGGAUUGCAGUUUCCCUCACACAAGUCGCCCCACAAAGUAGCCUGUGGGAAAUCGUAGACAUUUGUUCAAUCUUCAUCAUCGUCAUUUUAUUUUAUUUGUAACCUUUCCAUCGUUAAAACAACGCUCAAGGCAGCUUACAACAUGAUAGGCAAAGGGCCUUCUCGGUCGUGGCGCCUCUUCUGUGGAAUGCCCUCCCAUCGGAUAUCAAAGAAAUAAACAACUAUCUGACGUUUAGAAGACUCCUGAAGGCAGCCCUGUUUAGGGAAGUUUUUAAUGAAAGCACAAGCGGAACACUCCUGCAACACAGCUUCACUCCCUUAGUUCAUUUAAAACGCCGAGUCAAAUCGGAAAAAGUUCAGAAGAUUAAUUGAAUUGUUUAGAGUUACGAGUCCUUGAAAUAGGGUGGGCGACGGCUGUUAAGCUGUUCGACUUUGUUAGUUCUAAUUUACAGCGCCGAUAUCACAAGUUCUCUGAUAUAAAACCCCAGGUUGCCAAACUUUGAUGAGAAGAGGGUUAAAAGAUUAAAAAGUUAAAAAAGUUAAAAGGAGUAGGAGCCCCCAACACCUAAUUGAGGAGCUCUAACAGGAGCGUCUUACCUUGACACCAUCUUGCAUAUCUCCACCCAGAAACCCAGCCAGAUGGGCGGGGCAUAAAUAAUAAAUUAUUGUUGUUAUUGUUAUGACAAGAUUUACAUAAUUACCAACAUUACCAAUGUAAUAAACAAGAAGUAAAACACAUCCAAAGGUACACAACCAAAUGGAAAAGAAUUUCCACAUAAAUCAUAAGACCUAAAAUUCAGAAUACAACAUUAAUAGCAAUAACAAUUGAAAAUGACACAGAUAAAAACCCAAAACCAUUUGAAGAAGGAGGCCUAUCUGCCCAGCAGUAGCAACAUUAUUAUUAUUAUUAUUAUUAUUAUUAUUUAUACAUACCCCGCGCAUCUGGCUGGUUUUUCCCAAGCCACUCUGGGCAGCUUCCAACAAAAUAUUAAAAUACAAUAGUCCAUCAAAUAUCAAAAGCUUCCCUAAGCAUAACAACCAUCCAUUUUUAGUCCAUUGAGUUAGAAAUUCAGCAUUUCUGGAAGGGGAAAUGGCAUACUAUUGAAUGUUUGCAUAGCAACAUGCUUAAGAAAGUUUUGGUUAUUCAUGAUGAGAAUAGGAUUUAUUUAUGUUGAACUUCGCUUGGUUCCUCCUUGGCAGCCAGUGUGAUUCUUUCAGCAGGGCUAGAACUCAGGACCGGCUGCCUUGAGGGGCAUCUAAGAGCAGUUUGGCAGGGAAAGGUCUCCCUGGGGAGGUGGUGGACUCUCCUUCCUUGGAGGUUUCUAAGCAGAGAUCGGACGGCCAUCUGCCAUGGAUGCUUUAGCUGAGAUCCCUGGGGGUUGGACUAGAUGACCCUGGGAUCCCCUCCCAUCUCUCCACUCCUGAAUUCUAGGAGGAGCUUCCUUGCCUCCUGCAAAGCCCUUUUCCCUGCAAGCUCUUCCUCUGGUUUCCGACCAACGGAGGGAGAUGCUCAGAGCUCAGCCAAGAGCCAAUAUCCCCCCCCCCCCAAUAGGCGGAGCCAGAGGGAAGCUGCCCCCUUAGAGCCAUUCAAAAGAACAGAAAUUAAUAGAAAUCAGAGCUCUGCCCUGCCUAAGCGAGUGCGCAGUGCGGGGGGGGGGGCUGAGCUGGGGGGACUCGGCACUGCAAGGGUUAAGGGAACCGAGCUGCCUUCCUAGAGAGGCCAGGAUGAGGUUUCCGGCUUCCCAGGCAGCAAGGCUCUUCUUCUUCCUUAGUCUUCCCUCCUCUUCGUCACGCCAGGCCUCCUCUCUUUGCCAGGGAGGCUUCUCUUCUCAGAGCCCAAUUCUGGGAUGGCGAGAGCGAGAGAGGGCUGAGCUGGGCGGACUGGCCUUGCAAGGGUUAAAGGGAUCCGAGCUCCCUUCCUAGAGAGGACGGGAAGCAAGGGGGGCCAAGUCCUCCAGAGCCAAGGCCCCUCCCUCCCAGUCCUUUCCUGCCUCGCUGUCCCUCCUGGGAUCUGGUGAGUCUCCUCUCUCUCUGGGAUCUGGUGAGUCUCCUCUCUCUCUGGGAUCUGGUGGGGGUCCCAGGGCUGCAGCAGGGGAGGGGGCUGGGGGGACCCCAAGUCAGGGAGGAGAGGGUCCUGCCAGGGAGGGGCCAGGUCUGCCACGCUCUCCUUCCUGCAGAGCAGAGGAUCCCAAACUCAUUUGACCUUCGGCCCCCCCCCCCCUUUCAGAAAAGAUCUCCCUUCUGUAAACAAAAGAAUCCCUGGGACUUCAACUCUCUGUGACGUCUCUCAGCGUCACUGCACAAAAGAGGAAACAUCUGCAAAUGGUUUUUGAAAGCUGGACAAGGAGGUGGACUAGACACCCCACACCCCCCAAAAAAAUUUCAAAGGAGAUGUAUUUGGCCCCACCCACUUGGCCCUCAAGAGGUUGACCAGAUACAUUCCUGGCCCUCAGAGCAAAGAAAAAGGGACCCCACCCCAGGAGUCUGUCUUGAGAGCGGCAGAGAGUCCAAGUGCAAGAAAAGAAGAUAGAAUUUGGGCAACUAGCUGGUUUUAAACUUAAUAAGGCCAAGAUGAAAAGGUUAACUAAAAAUACAGUUUAAGAUAUGGUGGAAGAAUUGCAACGCAAGUCUUUGGGAAUAUGGUUAACAGCAAAGAGUAUGAAUUUAGCUGGCCCUCAGAGCAAAGAAAAAGAGACCCCACCCCAGGAGUCUGUCAUGAGAGCGGCAGAGUCCAAGUGCAAGAAAAGGAGACAGAAGCAGGGGAGAAAUGUGCCCUAAAGUGGGGGUAAGGGGAGAGCAUCUCCCGAGGACCCCCAGAUGAGGACCCCCACUAGAGCCAAGCAUCCAUUUUUCACAAGAUACAAAUUACUCACUUGUCAGUCAGUUCUGACUUCAUGCAUUUACUUUAGGGAAGCUUUCAUUGUUUGAUGAAUUACUGUAUUUUAAUAUUUUGUUGGAAGCCUCUCAGAGUGGCUGGGGAAGCCCAGCCAGAUGGGUGGGGUAUAAAUAAAUUAUUAUUAUUAUUAUUAUUAUUAUUAUUAUUUACUGGAAGGCAGGAGCAACCAGGCUGAUUCACAUCACAUAAAUCCCUUCUGUUGCCUCCACAUUUUGCAUUGCAAUCUUCCCUCUAGAAGGGCUAGCGUAUGGUUACCAGAUAUUUUUCAAUGAAUCCGGGGACACUUUUUUUUUUGGAAGCUGAGUAGCAACAGGGAGUCAGUAGUGGGGAUGGUGAGGCAAAAGACCCUGGCUCCCUCUCCUUCUGCCAGAAGCCCCCCUCCCUGCUUGUCUCUCAGAGCCCGGAGACGUCUGACAAUGGAGGAGCAAAGGCAGGCUGCACUGUUGGAUCGCUUGAACCCCAGAGCGGAGGGGACUUGGAAAGCUGUGGGGAGCCAGGGGCCUUCACUCUCAGCAACUGAUUUCAUGGAGGAAGAGGCUCAGGGAAUUCUGCUCAAUAUUGACCCAGAGCAGAACUCCAAUGUAUAGUUAGCAGAGUAAAAUCUAAACACGUUAUAGGAUUCCCAAAAAUAGACCAGAGGCAAUUGUAUUUCAUCCAGCAGAGCUUUACUGCUACUGAAGGAAAAUGAGCAUAAUGGUCCCAAAUCCAAAAUGUACAAGAUUGGCCCUGUCCAUAAGAAAUCCAGUUGCAGCAGACUUAACCUAAACUCACCUAAAUUUACCAAAACUUAUUAUAAGUCUAAACCUUAACACUUAACCUUAACCUUAACACAUACUAUGUACAGAACACCAGAGGGAAGAGAGAGAGAGAGAGAAAUUGAAACCCCGGCUCCUUCUGGCCUCUUCUUACAGUCAGCAUGACCUUGACAGAAGAGAGAACAGAGCCACUUUAACCCAGCUGUACUCAGCUUCUCUGCAGGAAUAACCGAAACAUCAGGAACCUUCUGCUUGUUUCUUUUACGCAGAGAAGCUUCCGGAACCCUCUUGAACUAACUAGAAUAGAAAAGAUCAAUAUCAGAUCCAUGCUUUCUGCACUAAGAAAUGCAAACUGACAGACCCUCCGGGAAUGAGCUGCUCUUCUCAUUCGGCCUGAAACUCAGCCAAGUCUGUGAAUAUUGUUGCUGAUAGAGAGUUAACUCCAGCUGUGAAGUGUGGGAUUUCCUGCCCAGAUAACUCUGUGACACCAGCCUUCUGAAUAUCACCAGUAGGAUUCAUCUGUAGUUGCAGUUUUUUUUGGAAUCCUAGAGUUGAAAGGGACCCCAGGGGUCAUCAAGACCAACCCCCUGCAUUGCAGGAGUCUCAGCUAGAUCCUCCAAGACAGAUGGCCAUCCAAACUAGGCUUCUUGUAUUUCUAUAUUCAUCACUGAGUGCUAAAAUAGGCUUCUAAGCAGUGGACAGACGAGAACAAAUAGUGGCCAAGAUUCACCUAGCCAGCCCUAUCCGCUGCAAAAUGGGGCCUGCCCCCACUCCUCCCCCUCUCCAUGCCCCCACAAACCCCUUGAAUUUGGCUCUAGGGCAUUGGGAGGGAACCUCCCCAGAACAACUCACGAGGAGAGGAGAAAGUGGAUCCUUCCAUCAGGUAAACUGGAAUGCUUGCGUAGGCAGAAUAACUUGAAAACCACCAGGAGGAGUAUCACCUAUUUGCACAAAGAUGAAUGCCCAUAAUUAAAACAUAGAAUAAAAGAAUUCCAUUAAAGCGUUAAAAUAAGCAUCCAUAAUUAAAAUGUGUAGCAAAGCAAUCCUACUGAAACAACACAGCAAUUAAGAGGAAGGAAAGAACAGAGCAUUGUGUAGCAGAUCAUAUUGAUCCUGUUUCAGAGGAGGACAUUUUCCCUUUUUCUUUUAGGGUCCAGUUUGCUUUGAAGACAUCUCUGUUUGUUUCACUGAAGAGGAGUAGGCGUUGCUGGAUCCUGACCAGAGAGCUCUGCACAAGGGCAUCAUGGAGGAGAAUCGUGGGAUCGUGGCCUCUCUUGGUAAGGCUCCCUGUGGGAUCGUCCUAUCUGCCUGGAAAUUCAAAAAAUACCUCUAUGUGACAAACCUCAUACAUUUCCACAAAGCUCAGCAGCGCCCCCUCCAACACCUGGGAACCUAACACCCCCACAAUAAACCUUGAACAGUAAAUUACUGUUUUUUCUUAUAUAUAUCAUUUUUAAAAUUAUUCUCCAUUUAAUAUUGUACAUUCACAUCAUCAUUAUCCACUAUACCACCCUGGCUCUUUAGAGCCUCAACUUCCUUCCUUCCAGCCUCAUGGCUUUCAAAAUUAACAUUUAUAUCGUUGCAAUUUGUACAUUUUCCAAUUCUUAUUACACUCAUUACAGAAUGGCUUAAAAUUUAAAUAUAGAAAGGUAGAAAAUUUCUCAUUACAAGUCUUCAGACAACCCUGCUAGUGAUGUUAAUUGCUUACAAUAAUCUUUCAGAUAUCGUAUAAAUUUACUCCAACCCUUUUGGAAUCCUUAAUCGUGCUGGUUUUCCUGUCAGUGUCACCAGAUAUGCAAAGUCCAUCAUUUUCAUCUGCCAAUCUUCUAACAGAAAUUCUCACCAUGUCAAUUAAUACUUAGUUUGGGAACCUUUAGCUUUAAUUCUGGCCUUACAACGCCUUCCCAUGGAGUGAAGCAAGUUUUUUAGUUCUGCAGCUGUAAUAAUGUGAAACAAAGAUGGAAUUAUUGCCUCUAUUAUUUGGGCUUUAUUGCUGGGUUGCUUCUGACUAACAAGUUUCUUUAGUUGGCUCCAUAGAUUUUCAAUUUGGUGAAGCUCUGGGCUAUUCCCAGUCCAUUCCAGCAGUGGAAUUGAUUAUCUUGAAACCACCUUUUGCACACAGCAGCAACAUGACAUGGAGGUGAAUCCUGCUGAAAGAGAAAACAAACAAACAGAUAGAAAGGUUCAGUAUCUGAGAAAAGAUCACAUGCAGAACGCUUCAGUUUGGGCUCAAGUAUUUCAUUUAUGUAUUUUAGAGCAUUUACAUUCCCUUUGAUGACACAAAUUCGUCCCACAUCUUUUGCUCGCAUAUUUCAUGCCAUCACUGCCAAGCAAGGAGAUUUUGGUCUCAUCACUCCAAAGAACACUUUCCCAUUGUUCCGCUGUCCAGUUACCAUGGGUUUUAACCCAGUUUAAUCUUUUCCACCUUUGCUUGAGAGAUAAUGGCUUUUCCCUUGGAAUUCUAGCAUUUAGACCAGUCCUUGCACUCAACUUCACAUUACAUUGCGCCAUGUCAUCUUGUAGACACCCAGAUGAUUUUCUUCUGUCACGUAGGCGCAGUCUCUCCAUUUUCGAUCGUCACUUGCUGUUGUGCACCUUUUCCUGCCUUUACCAGUCUGAUUUUGUAGCAACUGAGUCUCCUUAUACCUCUUCAAAUAUAUAGAAAGGCCAGCUUUGGUUGUUUCCCCCAAUCUUGUUUCUAAUUUCUUCAUAACUGUAGCCUUGCUCACUUAAUAGUACUAUUUUACAUGGCUUUCUGGGUGACCAGUCAACUAUUUGUGCCAUUUUUAAAAUUUUAUUAUGUUUGCAAACUCACUAAAUGAAAGAACACCAAAAAACCAACCAACUUGAUAGAAAUCACAUAACACACUGACAAAAGUCAACCUAGGCAAGUUGUGCUUGCUUUUUCUGGUUAUUUGGCCAUAACUUUUGAUAGAAUACUGUAGGGGCAGCAAGACGCAAACACGUACAGUCAAUUAAAAGUUGGUUUUAUUCCAGAAAAAAACAUGCCUCUUGUCUGGAGCUCUCUGCCCCCAUGACUUGUGGCUACCCUGAUGAUGACUCAACUAAAUCUUCAUCUUUGUUCCUCUUCCUCUGGAAACAACGCGUGAAGACGAAUCUCUUCCGUCGCUUCUGUGAUGUCAAUUUCCCCUUUUCUUUUACCCCUCCUGUCCUGCAUUCCUUCAGGCUGAGAGGCUUGGAAACUGGCUCAGACAAACUAUUGUCUGAUAACUCCUGUAUUUAUCUGGGCUGUGAACUCCCCCCUGUACUUUCCUCUGUUCUUCCCAUAACAAUCCUCCCUUUGUGGUGUAGUGGUUAAGAGCAGUAGACUCGUAAUCUGGGGAACCGGGUUCACGUCUCUGCUCCUCUACCUGCAGCUGCUGGGUGACCUUGGGCCAGUCACACUUCUUUGAAGUCUCUCAGCCCCACUCACCUCACAGAGUGCUUGUUGUGGGGGAGGAAGGGAACGGAGAAUCUUAGCCGCUUUGAGACUCCUUCGGGUAAUGAUAAAGCGGGAUAUCAAAUCCAAACUCUUCUUCUUCUUCUUCUUCUUCUUCUUUUCCCUCUGGGCUCCCGUCCAAGUCUGGCAGCUGCUGCUGUUCGCUUGCUGGCUCCAGCCUUACAUCAUCCCCCCCAGGGCCCCCCUCCUGUUCCUCCUGCCUCUCCUCUUCCUCUCUUGGGGCGCUCUGGGCCACUUCCCACCAUUCCUCCUCAUUGUCCUCCCAAUAACUGCACCCCGGUUGCUGCUCUUCUGCUUCUUCCUCCCACUCGGGCUCAUUCUCCCCUUCUUCUUCCCAUUUCAGCUCUUCCUCUACCCAACCUUGGGGUUUGGGUUUCCUGGGGUACCUACGGUGAAACUCGCUCUGCAACCUUGGCACAUGUAUGUUUCCUGUGCUCUCCCAUGAAUUCUCUUCUGGUCCAUACCCCUUCCAAGACACAAAAUACUGCACCCCUACCUCUCCUGCCAGAGUCUAGUAGCUUGUCCACCUCGUAUUCAGGUUCACCCUCCACCAAUAUCGGCAAGGGUGGUGGUUCCUUCCUCUCCUGAUACGGGUGUCUCAGCGUCAGUGGAGAUAGAAGCAACCGAUGGAACACCAGAUGCAUCUUCAUUGACUCAGAUAGGCGUAGCUUGAACGACACAGGGUUGAUUUGUUCCACCACUUCAAAGGCCCCACCCUUUGCCGUUCCAGCUUACGGCGUUGUCCCUUGCUCGGCCAGUCUUUUGUGGACAACCAUACUUGGUCCCCCACCCUUAUCUCCUUGCCCACCUGCCUGUGUCUAUCUGCUUCCGCCUUGUGCUGAGCCUUCGCCCUUUCCAGGUGGUCCCGCAAAAUACUGUGCAGCGCUUCCAUUUCUUCUGCAUACUGUUCUGCUGCUGGCACUGCGAGGUUGUCUCCCUGCCCUGGAAACACCCAUGGGUGUCUCCCUUGACAAGCAAAAAAUGGCGUUUGUUGUGUCGAUGAGUGCACUGCGUUAUUGUAAGCGAAUUCAGCCAGUGCCAAGUUGUCUACCCAGGCAUCUUGUUGGUAAUUCACAUAACAUCGUAGAUACUGCUGCAAUGUGGCCUUCGUCCUCUCUGACUCUCUGUUCGUCUGUGGGGGUCUAGCUGACAAGAGGCAUAUUUCCACCUUCAGCAGUUACAUCAGUUUUCUCCAAAACUGGGCUGUGAAUUGUAUUCCGCUGUCUGAUACAAUCUGAUACAUGUGCCACGAAGAGUUGUGCUGUCUUGUGUGCCGAGGGUAGUUUCUCGCAGGGUACAAAAUGUGCCAUCUUUGAAAAAGAUCCACCACAACCCAGAUCACUGUCUGUUUCUGCGACUCUGGCAAGUCGGUGAUGAAAUCCAUGGCAAUGGUUUCCCUCCUGGUCGAUCGUUCGGGAGCAUCAAAACCUUUCUUGUGCCUGAACAUCACAGUGGCUGAUGGCAACAGACAUCAGCACACUUAGGGAUCUGCAGAGUCUUCACAGCUUGCGUAACAGAACCAGCAACUCAGCAUUUUGGCUAAUCUACUUUAUUUAUUUAUUUUAAAUGAUAUUUAUUAGAAGUUUAAAGAUUACAGAAAAAAGAGAAGAGGAAAAUAAUAAAAAAAUUAACAGAACAUACAUUACAGUAGAUAAAAAGAGAGACAUAGAAAAAUAAUACAACAAUACAGAAAAAACAAAACAAAACACUAAAACACAUCCAAUAUUCCAUAUCUUUACCUUUCAUUUACUUGUUUCAUCGACCUCCUCACACCUCCCUUUUUUGUAUUCUAGUUCAAUUCACUAUUUCAGCAAAUUCUUUCCAUCUUUCUCAAUUUUUGUUCUAUAAUUUAUCUUAACGGUCUAACCUUAAAUUUUUCCAUUUUAGCCCAUUAUCAAUAAGCUUUUACUUAAUUCUUUAUUACAUUUCUGCUAAAACCAUAUAGCUUCAUUCCAGCAUCCUUCUAACAUUCAUUAAUUUUGCAAUGUUUUUGUAAAUAUACUUUAAAUUUUUUCCAAUCUUCUUCCACCAACUCUUCUCCCUGGUCUCGUAUUCUGCCAGUCAUUUCCGCCAGUUCCAUGUAGUCUGUCAGCUUCAUCUGCCAUUCUUCCCUGGUAGGUAGAUCUUGUGUCUUCCAAUACUUUGCGAUAAGUAUUCUUGCUGCUGUUGUGGCGAACAUAAAAAAAAUCCUAUCUUUCCUUGGCACCAAUUGGCCGACCAUGCCCAGGAGAAAGGCCUCUGGUUUCUUCAAGAAGGUAUAUUUAAAUACCUUUUUCAUUUCAUUAUAGAUCAUCUCCCAGAAUGCCUUAAUCUUUGGGCAUGUCCACCAAAGGUGAAAGAAUGUGCCUUCAGUCUCAUUACAUUUCCAACAUUUGUUAUCGGGCAAAUGAUAGAUUUUUGCAAGCUUGACUGGUGUUAUGUACCACCUAUAGAUCAUUUUCAUUAAAUUCUCUUUUAGGGCAUUACAUGCCGUAAACUUCAUACCUGUGGUCCAUAACUGUUCCCAGUCAGCCAUCAUAAUAUUAUGUCCAACAUCUUGUGCCCAUUUAAUCAUAGCAGAUUUCACCGUUUCAUCUUGAGUAUUCCAUUUCAACAGCAAGUUAUACAUUCUUGACAAAUUCAUAAAACUCCAGGAAAUGUUGUGAUAGACAACAAUCCCAUGACUGCAGACACGGGGAAUGAAUCUCCAAUAGGUAGUGGUUGUAGUAGGCCUGCUGGGGUCUCGCGGGGCCUCUGCCCGUUGACGGGUGUUACACGCCCAUACAUACUCCUUGACCUCCUCUUGCAUCCUUGGCCGCCAGAAGUCGUGCAUUACUAGGCAUUCUGUCUUCCAUUGCCCAAAAUGGCCUGCCAUCGGACUAUCGUGGCAUUGUCUGAGUACCUUGGCUCAGAGUUCCCCUUCUGGGACGUAGAGGGCUCCCCCUCUGUACAGCAACCCUCCUCUCUGUGAAAUCCUUUGCAUCACUCCCCCAUUUUGUAUCACCUCUUUCUUCUUCUGAGCAAGCCCAUCUUCCCCCGUUGGCUUCAGAAACUUGGCCAUCAUCGCUGCCAGUCACAGUUGCUCAGGAUUGAGGAUCAGUCUCUGUUCUGGCACGGUUUCAGUUCCAAAGUAUUUUUGCUUCCUGGACCACGCAUCUGCUCCCUGGUUCUGUGACCCCAACACAUACUUUAUUCUAUAGUUGAAUCUGGCAAAGAAUUGCGCCCACCUAACUUGUCAUUGGUUCAGGUGCCUGGCUGUCUGCCAGUAUUCCAGUUUUUUGUGGUCAGUGUGUACUUCCACUUGGUGCUGUGCUCCCUCUAGGAAAUGGUGCCACGUUCGCAGGGCAUCCUUGACGGCCAGCAACUCUUGUUCCCAUAUUGUGUAGUUCUGUUCCAAUGGGUUUAGUUUCCGUGAGUGAAAGGCGCGUGGUCUCAGCUCCCCUUUUUCACCUGCCUGGAGUAGCAUUGCCCUGAGCACCUUGUCAUCAUCAUCAUCAUCAUUUUUAUUCGACCGUCAGUCAGAAAAAAGUACAUUUUGUCAAUACACAGUUAAAAACAUCCAGGAAGAUUUUAAAACUUAGCCAACACUAAAAUGGGCUAAACAGAUAGCCCCAUAUCAAUACAGUCAAUUAUAGUCUUGCGACGCUUAAAAGCUAAGAAGAGAAAUUUGGCCACCAAGGAAGGUAUAGCUCUAGUGGUGUUAUUCAGCAAGUGUAAAACCUGGUUUUCUCCGGGUAGGAAGCUGAAUUGACAUAAGAGUGGGUCUAUAAAAUUUUGUCUAAGCUCUGCAUAAGAAGGGCAAGUCAAGAGAAUGUGUUCGGUGGACUCAACCACACCCAUGGCACAAUGACAGGUUCUCUGGGUGUAUGGUACUCCCCUGUACCUUCCCCACAAUAUCGCAGAGUCAAGGACAUUUAAUCUAGCCGCUGUAAGAAGUCUACGGUAUUCCACAUAGUGGAUUUCUGCAAGGUAGGGGGCUGGUAUGGUCCGAUAAAUCUGGUCCCCUAGGAACAUCCCUGGUUUUACCUGGGCUAUGUCCUCUUGUCUGGCAAUGUCACUCAGUCUCCGUGAGAUCACAGCUCUAGCUUGAUUGUACGUCAUGGACUCAAAAUAAAGGAGAGACAAUCCGCAGGAUUGAACCUCAUUAAUGACCUCCCUUUCCCACGAUGAUUGGAAAUCGUCCCUCAAUAUCAAGGGGGCAAUACCCACUGGUUUAAAACAAAGCUUGAGCCAUAGCCAGAGCUUCGUCUUCAAGGCCACAUACCGUAGAGCUUGCCAGCCGACCUCUAAUCUCAUAACCGCACCUGCUACCGAGGGGGGAAUCCUAAGGAUGGCUCUAAGGAAUCGCAUUUGGAUAGAAUCCAGUUUCAAAAAAUCCCUACGGGAGCCUAAAGAGAUGCCCACCAAAAGAAGGGGAUGACUUUCAUUUGAAAGAGUCUCAAAGCUAUCUUGAUUGAUUGAGCCUGAUUCUUAGCAUAUAGAGAUCUAAUCUGGAUGGCUGCUUUAGAUGCGUUAGUUGUUAUAUAGUCUCUAUGGGCCAGAAAAGACCUAUUUGACCGUAUUACUUGUCCCAGAUAUUUAAAGCAGUUUACCUGCUCGUGUGGGAUCCUGUUCAUCGACCAUCGAUGGAGUCUCGGUCAGGCAGAGAAGACCAUGAUCUUGGUCUUAGCAUAGUUGGGUUGGAGCUCAUGCUGAUCACAGUAUUCAUGUAGAGCUUGCAACAUUCUCCUCAGUCCAAUAGGGGAUCUGGCAAGAAGUGCGGCGUCAUCCGCAUACAGAAGAACGUUCAGAGAUCGGCCUGCUAAUUUGGGGGGGUGGAAAGCAUCAUUGGCCAUGUGAGUCACCAGUGAGUUAAUGUAAAAAUUAAACAAUGCAGGGGCCAAUAGACAACCCUGUCUUACCCCUCUAGUGGUGGUAACCGGGUUGGAGACUAGGCCUUUAUUGUCUAGUCUGAUUCUCAGAAAGGUGUUUGUAUGGAGGCUGAUAAUCAGGUGAAGGAGACGGCGAUCGAUCUUUGUAGCGGCCAGUUUUGUCCAUAGCUGCUUUCUAGAGAUUCGAUCAAAUGCCUGCUUAAGGUCAAUAAAGGCCACAUGAAGAACCUUUGGGGCUUUGCCGGCAUACUUUUCCGCCAGGUGAUUCAAGGUUAAUAUUUGGUCUGUGGUAGAUCUUCCAGGGCGAAAGCCCGCCUGUUCAUCGGCAAUGAUAUUGUCGUCCUCCAUCCAUUUCGAUAGUUUGUUUAGCAGGUAUCCCGAGUAAAUCUUCCCAAUGACAUUUAGCAAGCUGAUUGGCCUAAAGUUGCUCGGCUUUGUACGUGGUCCUUUCUUAUGUAUUAAUACAAUCAACGCAGAGCUCCAGCUUGAGGGAAAUUUUGCUGUUUUGUUUAUAUGCGUGUAAAGUGCUGCUAAAAGUGGGAUCCACCAAUCUUUGUUUGCUUUGAUGACAUCAAUGGAUAUAAGGUCAUCACCGGGGGCCUUGCCUGCUUUAAAUCGAUCUAUGAGAGUUUCAACUUCAGGGCAUGUAACUGGGUCCCAAUCGGGCAGGGCUUCCGGCUCCACCGUAUCUCCGCAGGCAUCGUGAGCUGCAUACAGAUCGGCGAAGUAUCUUUCCCAAGUGUCCGCUGAGAUGUGGGGUUCUAUUCUUGCAAGCGGCCUACCCAGGUAUCUGGAAAUUAACUGCCAAAAAGAGGCUGGAUUUCUAUUCUCUGCAGCUAUCAAGAGGUUGUUCCAAUUUUUUCUUUCUGCCUCGAGCUUCUUUUCCUUUAGUAGGGCUUUAUAACUUCUCCUGAGGGUGAUAAGACGGUUAUUUGGCAUGGGGUCAUUUGAUGCUCUGUAUGCCAACCAUUCAUUAUACAGAUGAUUCUUGAAGUUUUUGCAUUCCUCAUUGAACCAUUUUUUGUGGAAAAACUGUUUUCCAUGCUUUGUGGGGGACCGAGCAAGUGUUGGUUUUAGAAGUUCUACUAAAUCGUCAUACAUUGGUAGAGGGUCAUCCGCCUGCAUAAGGGAAGCCCUUUUUAUUUGGAGCUGAUCAGACCAGAGAAGUUCAUUCAGCUGCUGGGCCGAAUUGGAGGUCCAUUUAAGGGCUGUAGGUCUUAUCUCCAGAUGGUCAUUUGAUAGAUGCACAAAGGAGUGCCUAUCAAGUUCGUCAGCCAGAGUCAAGGAAAUUUCUAGAGGGAAGUGAUCACUUUCCAAUCUUGAAGCCACCUUAAAGCUGGAUAUUUUUGAGGUGAGGUCAGGAGAUAUCCAUACAAAAUCAAUAGUGGAUGCACGUGAACCUGACCAAUAGGUGAAUUCGGCAGGGUAGUCCGAGCUGAUUGCCCCAUUUAGCAGAAGGAAAUUGAGGGCCAGCAAGGUUUGCCUGCAUUUGAAACCUGCGUAAGUGGCUAUGUUAUCUUUGAAUUUCCUUGGUAGAAGAUCUGUAGUCAUAUGAGGUGAAGAAGGGUACUUGCUAAAUUUAGAGAAUAAGAUUUGGUCAGUGUGCGACAGGCGUCCAUUAAAAUCUCCCGCCAACAGAAAAGUGGCUUCGGGGUAUUUAUCAAAAAGCGUUUCCAAUGUCACUUGGAUUUCCUGCCAUCUCAGAUCAACCAAAUUUCUCUUAUAAAUUGGACAUAAGUAGAUAUUGAUCACUACUAUCGUUUCCUCUGCUGUUUGCAACUUUAUAAUCAGCAUGAGUGACGACUGGAUGUCGAUUUUUUCGGCCUGAAGAUUUAUGGCUAGGGAAACAAAAGUAGCCAAGCCUCCUUGCGGUCUACCAUGUGAUAACGGAUUCUGCGUGGCAUUCAGGUAGAAGCCCUUGUAUCCUGUUAGAUAGAAGUCCUCACAGGCCCAUGACUCUUGGAAUAGGAGGAUGUGGCUGCCAUUUAUAUAAGCAACAAAUGAUGGAUCUGUCAGUUUGGAUUUAAUACCAGCCACAUUCCAUGAUAGUAGUGUAAGAGGCCGCUUUGUGUUUCCCUCAAGUCAUGAUUUCUCUUGCGUGGUUAAUCCUGGAGAAUCCAAAUGGGGGUGCACGCUGCGUGAAGGGGCAGUAGGGUGAAAAAAGGCAGUGAUUUUUGAUUGUUUGCACUUCAGGUUCAAGUUGUCACAUGUCACAGGAGCAGCCAGUGGCUGGGGCGAAUUUACAGAUCGUUGUAAGAGAAAAUCUUGAUACGAGGGGGUGUUGCUAACCGACAAGUCCAUAGACUCGUCGUUUGCCAUAUGCUCUGUAGUUGCAGGAGUCAUGCCUUGAGGAUCGAGGCUUGUUGAUGGAAAAGCACUAUGCAAGACAGAAGAAAGACAUCCUUUUCGGUUAGCUUCCAGUAGCUUGUUUAGCCUUGCCACUGCCUCAGUGUUUGUCCAAAGGGCUACUGGAUCCCCCAGUGUCUCUUGCAUCGUCAUGGUAUCAGCACAAGGAAUGCAGCCAUUUUGAGGAUUGGAGAUCGUUUUCGCUGCAGGGGGGUCCACAUAGGCUUGUGUCUGCCAUUCUUUAGAGGCAUCUAUAGUGGCCAAAGCUGGACCCGUCAAAGCUCUACCCCUUAAGGCAGUCCCUUCUUGCCGGUGGGAUGGUUGGCUAGUCGGCUAGUAAAUCGUGGGGAGGGGUUCAUAGGAAGGGUCCGUUGCUGCGAAUUCUGGUCCUCAGUCCUCCUUGUAGGCCGGCUAACCAAAUUUGCUGAAUUUGGGAUUUUCCCAAUAAUGCCCCUACAAUUGUUAAAGAAGCAUCUUUGUGGAAAGAUUCCAAACCAGUUGAGACGAUUUUGAAGUUUGCUCAAAAGUGCAGGAAGCCUGGGAGAGUCGAACUUGAGCAACAAGCGCUUAAAUUUUGGAGUCUCUGGCAGCCAUUCUAAUGAUAGGAGACCACCCUGGGCCAAGUAAGACCUGGUCAACAUUCGCAAUGAGAUCACAGCAGCUUUACGAUUUCUCCAGGCAUAAUAGGGGAAGCAGGAGUGAGAGAUGUUCAAGCAUAUAUUGUUAAGGGUAAGUUGGAGGUUUACUAGCUGCUGCCCCCUACUUAGGCUCUGUGCCUCAUAAUUAUCAGGUCCCUGAUGAUUUAGUGGCGGGUUCAAAAUCGAGACAGGGGUUUUGGUGAAGGCAUUUAGUUUUCCCUCUAACAUAUUGAUGGAAGCUGAUAGCACCUUUAUUUCGUCAGCCAAGUGAAGGCAAUAUUUCUGCAAAGUCCUCAGCUCCGCUGAUUGUACUAUAUCACAUAAAGAUUUACGAUGAGGGUCGGGGUAGGGAGAGAGGCCAUCUGGGCUGGAGGUCAUAUCCAACAGCGAUUUGUCUCCUGACAAGGGAGUAUUUAAAGUCGUUGGGGGAUCAUGUGGACAGUCUAUCUGCUUGGAGGUGUUUAAAACGUUGUUUGGAGUCAUUGCAGGAUCAUGUAGGCAAUCUAACUGCUUGGAAGUAACAGGUGAAGGAGGCACAAGAUUGCAGAAAAACUCCUCCAAUGAUGAGAUAGAAGGCUCUAAGAUCUUAGGUGGUGAAUCCAGCCCAGUAGGCUUCGAAACCUUAGACCUAGGUUCUGAGGCAUUAAAGGAACAGUCUUCCACAGAAGAGGUACGGCCACGUUUUAGAUUCGUCAUGCUAAACCCCUUGAGCGGCUCGGUUAUCUAAGGGUCCUUCAAAGGCCAAGCAAGAGCUGGUGGAAGGCCAGGGAAGCGCGGCCGGUGGCUGCCCAAGUUACAGCUAGUCAGGUUGUUAGUGAAGCUCAUUAAGGAGAUUUAUGGCGCUGGCUUUGCAAGCUUCCACAGGGUGAGCUCCUGGCGUUAUCAUCAAAACAUUAUUGUGCCAACUUCCAGAGAAAAAUAGGAGCGGAGUAACUUACAGCAUGAACUAGAAAGGGAGCUCCGGCAAGCGCGUCUUACUUCCAAGGUGACUUCCCUCCAGCACCAGCAGUUUAUCAACGUCGCCAGUAAAACAAUAAAACGUUAGCUAAGAAAAACAGGGGCAGUGGUGAGGUGAUAAGGCAGCCAAUAAAUCAUUAAAACUGUAAAAUUAGAGUCCAGGAAGGCUAAAAAAAUACUUAAAAUCUUAAUUGAAGACAGGCGAACCUGACUAUGCUGCUAUCUCUGUCGCCAUCUUGUUUUCCCUUCGAGCACCUUGUCAGAUGCAUCUGUCUCCACGAUCAUCGGCCUGUGCGGGUCUAGGCGUGCUAAAUACUUUCCCUCAGCGAACAUGGUCUUGAGCUUCUUGAAGGCUUUCCACACUUCUUCUGUCCACCGGAAUGGUUGUUUGCCUCUCAACCUGUCAUCGGUGCCUUGAGUCCAGAGUACCGAUGUAUAAAUUUCUGGUAGUAGUUGGCAAAUCCUAAAAACCUUUGCACAUCCUUUCGUGUCCUGGGUUCUUGCCAUGACUCUACCGCCUGCACCUUUGCUGGGUCCAUGUGCACCCCCUCCAGGGUGAUUCUGUAGCCCAAGAACUCCACUUCUGUCAUGUGAAUUGGCAUUUUUCCAACUUUGCAUAUAGUCGGUGUUCCCUCAGCUGUUGUAGCACCUCUUUCACAUGUUGUAUGUGUUCUUUCGGGCUCUCUUGAGUAGAUCAAAAGAUCGUUGAGGUACGACAAAACCGAUUUGUCCAAAAGAUCUGACAGCAUGUGAUUGAUGAAUGCCUGGAAGGUGGCUGUGCCCAACUGUAGUCCAAACAGCAUCACGAACUACUCAAAGGUCCCAUACCUUGUGUUAAAAGCCGCCUUCCAUUCAUUACCUUGUCUCACCCGUAUCAGAUUGUAAGCCCCCCUCUGGUCCAGUUUCAUGAAAAUUUUCACCAACCUCAACCUCUCCAGUAGAUCCCCAAUCCGCGGAAAUGGUUAACGUCUGGGAAUCAUGUGCUGGUUGGUUUUCCUAUAGUCUACAACAAGCCUUUUCUCUGAAGUGUCUUUCUUAUUCACAAAGAAGACUGGAGCUCCUCCCGGAGUCUUCAUCGGCUGUAAGAACCCCUGCUCCAAAUUCUUCUGCAGAAACUCCCUCAAUUUGGCUAACUCCGCUUCCAACAUGGAGUAGAGGCAGCUGGUGGGUAUCUCAGGUCUAUUUUGCAGUCAUAAGGCCUGUGCGGGGGUAGCCUGUCUGCCUCCUUUUCACAGAACACGUCUCUGAAGGACUUACACUGCAGGGGUAUCUCUCUCUCCUCUCCAGUGAGAGGUCCACAGACUGUCAUCCCGUUGGCAUCGCCUCUUCUCUCAGUCUUCAUUCCUAGACAGUGUAGUCUGCAGUGCGCCAACGAAAAGGUCAUGGAUCUCUGUCCCCAUAAGAUCACUGGAUCAUUUCAAGAUAGCCACCUCAUUCCCAAUACCACGGGGUAGGAGGUCAACCUAUGGACUGCAAUGGUCUCUUGAUGACCCAGAAACUCAAUGCGAGGCCUCCGGAACAGAUUGGAACAGAUCUUUUCCCGAUGGUGUCUCUCUGCACUCUCUGGCGUUGCCACACUCAUCCCUGAUAAGGCUCCUUGGGGCCUUCCCACUGUGCACUGUCAGACCAUAUGGUUGGCAGACCCACAGGUGAAACACAAACGCUUUCUCUGCCCAUGUGGUUCCUGGCACUCUUCCCCCUCUGAGGGAGCCCAAUUGCAUGGGUUCCCCUUCAUCCUGGUUUGGCGGCCCCACGGUCUCUCCCAGGACAUAUAUUCAGGAGCUCCCAGGCCUCCCUUGCUCCCUUGUGGCGCGACUGGAAUCUCAGGCCUAACUGCAGAGCGACUUGCCCCACCUCUUCCAAGGUGUUCAACAUGGCAUUUCCGCAAGUUCAUUGCAAAUCUCCUCGCAGAGUCCCGCUUUGAACAGGGCAAUCAAGGCCUUCCCUGCCCACUCCAGUUGACAGGCGUGCAUCAUAAAACUGGACCAAUACUGUGCUACUGUCCCCUUUCCUUGCCUGAGGUUCAGGAACUCCUGUUCCAACUACGCCUAUUGUGCGGGAUUCCUGAGUAUGUUGUCCAAGAGCUUCAAAAAGGCAGGUAAAUUAGUGAGCACGCGGUCAUUGACAUCAGGUAAGGGGGAAUCCACUGUCUAGCCGCCGCCCCCAGAAGCCCCACAGUCGUGGCUAUUCUUGCUUCAUCAUCUCUGUAUUCUUCCCCUUUAAGACGCAGGCAAUAUAAGCAGGAGGCUCAGAAGGAGUCAUACUCUGCCCUAUUCCCAUUGAAGUGUGGGGGUGGGGGGACUAGGUUUUUUGCAGUUUGCCUACCGGAUAAGUCAGAGAGCUGUCUUGCCUGUUCUCCCGUCACUCCUUCCAGUCGUGCUAAUAUUAUCUUUAAUUCUUGAUUCUCUGCCCAGAGAAAUUGUGUAGGAUCCACUGCCAUUGGAGCCUCCGCAGCUGCCGCUCCUUGCCCGGAUUGCAUUUUCACGGGCUGCUGCUGCUGUCGCUUUUCAGCCAUCCUUGCUUAAUUAUCUGAUGGGCUUUCGUUCUCAGCAGCAGUUGAGUUGAGUCAUGCUGUAGUGGCAGCAAGACUUGAACACGUACAGUCAAUUAAAAGUUGGUUUUAUUCCUGAAAAAACUUGCCUCUUGUACGGACCUCUCUGCCCCCAUGACUUAUGGCUACCCUUAUGAUGACUCAACUAAAUCCUCAGCUUUGUUCCUCUUCUUCCAGAAACAACACGUAAAGACGAAUCUGAUUCGUCUUCACGUGUGGCUGAUUAGCUGCUCUCCCUGUGCAAGGGUCAGAGGGGGCAGGGUUUCUGUUGAGGCAGGUGAUUAGCUGUGGGAGGAGCUUAUCAGAGCUUGCAGGGCAGUUUGAUCCAUCUUUUAGAUUUAGGGGAGCUAGUCUCAAACGUUUGUUGGGGGAGAUACCUAGGUUUUUUUGGGGGGGAGUAAUUUUCCUGUCUUCAUGCUUUUUAUGAUGGAGGACCGCUGUAGCCACCCCCAACGACACGUUCUCAAGAUGGAGGGGGAGGGAACAGCUGCAGUCGCCUGCGGUUCCUGCUCAAUGUUUGCCAUCUUGCCAAAGGUUGCAGGCAGCUUUACCUGCAGCAAUUGCAUGUUGAUUGCCCUCUUAGAAGACAAAGUCCAGCAACUGGAGGAACGUGUAGCUACGCUCCAAAGAAUUAGAGAGCUGGAGCUCUUCUUGGAAGCAACAGAGCACACCGUCUCCACCAAGGAGGAGACAAGGGACUCCCCUGAGAAGGAGGCUAGUUCACCAACACAGGAGCCAGAUAUAUGGAGAAACGUGACCCAAAGAAGUAGGAGGCCCAGGGUUCGCUCUGAUUGUUUAGAAAUACAGAAUCGCUUUGAGGUCCUCUCCCCUAGCAUGGAAGACGAAGAGCAGACUCCAUUUGAGGAUCUCUCCCUCAUUAGAGUCAAUCAGGUAUAUGAAGACGAGCAGCAAAGUCAGUCCUCAGGGAAUGUGCAGGCGACCUUGGAACGGACAGCUCACGGAAGAACCCCGACCAAACCUAAGAGGAGGCGUGUAGUGGUGAUAGGGGAUUCCCUACUGAGGGAACAGAAGCAGUGAUCUGUGGGCCUGACAAGAUGUCUCGGGAAGUGUGCUGUCUCCCCGGGGCUAAGAUCCAAGAUGUAAUGAACAACUGCAAGGAAUCAUAAAACCCACUGACAAAUACCCCUUCCUCUUGGUUCAUGUGGGAACCAAUGACACUGCAAGCAAUAGCCUCCAGAAGAUAAAAAGGAACUAUGAAGCUCUGGGCAGGAAAUUGAAGCAAUUAAAUGCACAAAUUGUCAUCUCAUCUGUCCUCCCAGUUGAACGACGUGGCCCAGGGAGAGAGGGAAAAAUAGUGGAUGUGAACAGCUGGCUUCGCAAAUGGUGUAAACAGGAACGGUUUGGAUUCUUAGAUCACGGACUGCAGUUUCUUGAAGAUGGACUUCUGGCAAGCGAUGGGCUGCACCUCACAACGGUUGGGAGGAAUGUUUUUGCCAAAAAUCUCAGAAACCUCAUCAGGAGGGCUUUAAACUGACUAAUGUGGGGAGGGAGACAGUGCUCCUGAAGGUAGGAGUCUAUCAAUUGAUGAAGAUGAUCAUCCAAAUGUCAUAGACCAAAUGGAGCAAACAGCACGCAGACCUAGUGGUGGGAGGAAAAAAUCCUUAAAUAAGAGACCCGGGGGAAUGAUUAAUGGACUUCAAUGUCUGUACACUACUGCGCAACGCAUGGGAAAUAAACAAGAUGAGCUUGAGCUCUUGGUACAGCAAACUAAAUAUGACAUAAUAGGCAUCACUGAAACCUGGUGGGAUAAGUCCCACGAUUGGAAUGUAAUAAUGGGGGGAUACAAUCUAUUUCAGAGAAACAGACCAGACGAGAAAGGAGGAGGAGUGGCGUUAUAUGUCAGGGAUGUGUAUACCUGUGAAGAGAUCCAAGAUUUAGAACCUCAAAGCCAAAGUGAGAGCAUUUGGGUCAAAAUUAAGGGAGAGAAGAAUAACAGUGACCUCAUUGUGGGAGUUUACUAUAGAUCCCCAAGCCAAACGGAGGACAUAGAUGAUGCCUUCCUGGAACAGAUGGCCAAGCAUGCAAAAGGAAGGGAGAUAGUAGUAAUGGCGGACUUCAAUUACAGUGGUGCCUCGCAAGACGAAAAUAAUCCGUUCCGCGAGUCUCUUCAUCUAGCGGUUUUUUCGUCUUGCGAAGCAACCCUAUUAGCGGAUUAGCGCUAUUAGCGGUUUAGCGGUUUAGCAGCUAUUAAAGGCUUAGCGGCUCAGAAAAAGGGGGGGAAAGCAAAAAAAAUCGCAAGACUCGCAAGACGUUUUCGUCUUGCGAAGCAAGCCCAUAGGGAAAUUUGUCUUGCGAAGCGCAUCGAAAAACGGAAAACCCUUUUGUCUAGCGGGCUUUUCGUCUUGCGAGGCAUUCGUCUUGCGGGGCACCACUGUACCCGGAUAUUUGUUGGAUGUCAAACUCAGCCAAGAGCAUAAGGUCAAACAGAUUCCUCACUGGCCUUGCAGACAACUUCAUUGUCCAGAAAGUGGGAGAAGCAACAAGAGGAACUGCCAUUUUAGAUCUGGUCCUAACCAAUGUUGAUGACCUGGUUAGUGGGGUAGAAGUGGAAGGAUCAUUAGGCGCAAGUGAUCAUGCUCUUCUGAAGUUUACUAUACAGCGGAAAGGAGCAGCCAAGCAUACUAGGGCUCAAUUUCUUGACUUUAAGAAAGCUGACUUCAUAAAACUUAGGGAAGUGCUGGGUGAGAUCCCAUGGACAGUAGUACUAAAAGGAAAGGGAGUUCAUGAUGGCUGGGAGUUUGUUAAGAGGGAGAUAGUAAAAGCACAACUUCAGGCAAUACCAAUGAGACGGAAACAUGGAAGGUGCCUAAAGAAGCCAGGGUGGCUAUCUAAAGAACUUUUAACUGAGUUAAGAUUAAAAAACGAUGUGUACAAAAAAUGGAAAAGGGGGGAUACCAGCAAAGAGGAAUUCAAACAAAUAGCCAGCACGUGUAGACACAAAGUCAGAAAAGCUAAAGCACAGAAUGAACUCAGGCUUGCUAGAGAGGUUAAAAGCAACAAAAAAGGCUUUUAUGGGUAUGUUCGUAGCAAAAGGAAGAACAAAGAAACAGUGGGGUCACUCAGAGGAGAAGAUGGUGAAAUGCAAACAGGGGACACAGAAAGGGCUGAAAUGCUCAGUGCCUUCUUUGCCUCAGUCUUCUCCGAUAAAGAAAACAAUGCCUGACCUGAAGAAUUUGGAGCAAAUGAUUCAGCAGAGGAAACACAGCCCAGAAUAACUAAGGAGAUAGUACAAGAAUACUUGGCUAGUUUAGAUGUAUUCAAGUCUCCAGGGCCAGAUGAACUGCAGCCAAGAGUAUUAAAAGAACUGGCAGAUGUGAUCUCAGAACCACUGGCAGUCAUCUUUGAGAAUUCCUGGAGAACAGUCAAAGUCCCGGCAGACUGGAGGAGGGCAAAUGUUGUCCCUAUUUUCAAAAAGGGGAAAAGAGAGGUCCCAAAUAAUUACCGCCCACUCAGUCUGACAUCAAUACCAGGGAAGAUUCUGGAGCAGAUCAUUAAGCAAACAGUCUGUGAGCACCUAGAAAGGAAUGCUGUGAUCACCAAUAGUCAGCAUGGAUUUCUGAAAAAUAAGUCAUGUCAGAUUAACCUGAUCUCAUUUUUUGACAGAAUUACAAGCCUGGUAGAUGAAGGGAACGCAGUGGAUGUAGCCUACCUUGAUUUCAGCAAGGCAUUUGACAAGGUGCCCCAUGAGAUUCUUGUAAAGAAGCUGGUAAAAUGUGGUCUUGACUAUGCUACCACUCAGUGGAUUUGUAACUGGCUGACUGACCGAACCCAAAGGGUGCUCAUCAAUGGUUCCUCUUCAUCCUGGAGAAGAGUGACUAGUGGGGUGCCACAGGGUUCUGUCUUGGUCCCGGUCUUAUUCAACAUCUUUAUCAACGACUUGGAUGAUGGACUCAAGGGCAUCCUGAUCAAAUUUGCAGAUGACACCAAACUGGGAGGGGUGGCUAACACCCCAGAGGACAGGAUCACACUUCAAAACGACCUUGACAGAUUAGAGAACUGGGCCAAAACAAACAAGAUGAAUUUUAACAGGGAGAAAUGUAAAGUAUUGCACUUGGGCAAAAAAAAUGAGAGGCACAAAUACAAGAUGGGGGACACCUGGCUUGAGAGCAGUACAUGUGAAAAGGAUCUAGGAGUCUUGGUUGACCACAAACUUGACAUGAGCCAAGAGUGUGACGCGGCAGCUAAAAAAGCCAAUGCAAUUCUGGGCUGCAUCAAUAGGAGUAUAGCAUCUAGAUCAAGGGAAGUAAUAGUGCCACUGUAUUCUGCUCUGGUCAGACCUCACCUGGAGUACUGUGUCCAGUUCUGGGCACCACAGUUCAAGAAGGACACUGACAAACUGGAACUUGUCCAGAGGAGGGCAACCAAAAUGGUCAAAGGCCUGGAAACGAUGCCUUAUGAGGAACGGCUAAGGGAGCUGGGCAUGUUUAGCCUGGAGAAGAGGAGGUUAAGGGGUGAUAUGAUAGCCAUGUUCAAAUAUAUAAAAGGAUGUCACAUAGAGGAGGGAGAAAGGUUGUUUUCUUCUGCUCCAGAGAAGCGGACACGGAGCAAUGGAUCCAAACUACAAGAAAGAAGAUUCCACCUAAACAUUAGGAAGAACUUCCUGACAGUAAGAGCUGUUCGACAGUGGAAUUUGCUGCCAAGGAGUGUGGUGGAGUCUCCUUCUUUGGAGGUCUUUAAGCAGAGGCUUGACAACCAUAUGUCAGGAGUGCUCUGAUGGUGUUUCCUGCUUGGCAGGGGGUUGGACUCAAUGGCCCUUGUGGUCUCUUCCAACUCUAUGAUUCUAUGAUCUCUUCUGUCACUUCUAUGAUGUCAAUUUCCCCUUUUCUUAUACCACUCCUCUCCUGCAUUCUUGCAGGCUGAGAGGCUUGGAAACUGGCCCAGACAAACUAUUGUCUGAUAACUCCUGUAUUUAUCUGGGCUGUGAACUCCCCCCUGUACUUUCCUCUGUUCUUCCCAUAACAAUCCUCCCUUUGUGGUGUAGUGGUUAAGAGCAGUAGACUCGUAAUCUGGGGAACCGGGUUCACGUCUCUGCUCCUCUACCUGCAGCUGCUGGGUGACCUUGGGCCAGUCACACUUCUUUGAAGUCUCUCAGCCCCACUCACCUCACAGAGUGCUUGUUGUGGGGGAGGAAGGGAACGGAGAAUGUUAGCUGCUUUGAGACUCCUUCGCGUAAUUAUAAAGUGGGAUAUCAAAUCCAAACUCUCCUUCUUCUUCUUCUUCUUCUUCUUCUUCUUCUUCUUCUUCUUCUUUUCCCUCUGGGCUCCCGUCCAAGUCUGGCAGCUGCUGCUGUUCGCUUGCUGGCUCCAGCCUUACAUCAUCAAACAAUGCGUGAAGACGAAUCUCUUCCGUCGCUUCUGUGAUGUCAAUUUCCCCUUUUCUUUUACCCCUCCUCUCCUGCGUUCCUUCAGGCUGAGAGGCUUGGAAACUGGCUCAGACAAACUAUUGUCUGAUAACUCCUGUAUUUCUCUGGGCUGUGACCUCCCCCCUGUACUUUCCUCUGUUCUUCCCAUAACAAUCCUCCCUUCAUCCCCUGGGCAGCCAUUCAAGUCUGGCAGCUGCUGUUGCUCGCUUGUUGGCUCCAGCCUGACAAAUACCGAUAACUGAACAAACUUUGUUGCAUUACAUUCUUGAUUAAACUAUCUUUCCAUUGGUAAAUAAUUUCACAAUGUUAUUAAUAAUACUUUUAUUGUCAUUGUACAACCUGUGUACAAUGAAAUUCAACGAGCCUCCCUCCCAAAGAAGUGGUGUUAUGAGCCCCCAAAAGGCUUUCACAAUUUUGGCCACUACUGUAUAUCAAGCAAAGCAACAUUCAACAACCAUCAGAAUCUAAUAAUAAAUACGUUGGUUAAUGACAAACAACAAAGGCAGUGAACACACACGCAACUCCCUUCAGUUCUCCUUCAUUUGUUCCUGAGGCUUAAAUCUCUUUUUGCCUCCAUUGCAGAUUGUGACGAAUUGCAGAUCGAGAACAAGGAUGAACACGACAAAAUCCCCAGAGAGGAGAAGCCACAUAAGAAUUUGGAGUGUGGAGAGAGCUGCAGUCAGAGCUCCCAUUCCAGUUCCCAACAAAGAAAUCUCAAUGGAAGGAAACACUAUCAGUGCAGGGAAUGUGGAAAGAGUUUCAGUCAGAACUCCUCUCUCACUUCCCAUCAAAGAACUCAUACAGGGGAGAAACCCUAUCAGUGCAGGAAAUGUGGAAAGAGCUUCAGUCAGAGCUCUAGUCUCACUUCCCAUCAAAGAACCCAUACAGGGGAGAAACCCUAUCAGUGCAUUGAAUGUGGAAAGAGCUUCAGUAUGAAGGCCUCUCUCACUUCCCAUCAAAGAAUUCAUACAGGGGAGAAACCCUAUCAGUGCAUGGAAUGUGGAAAGAGCUUCAGUCAGAGCUCUGAUCUCAAUUCCCAUCAAAAAAUUCAUACUGGGGAGAAACCCUUUCAGUGCAUGGAAUGUGGAAAGAGCUUCAGGAAGAGCUCCCAUCUCACUUCUCAUCAAAGACUUCAUACAGGGGAGAAACCCUAUCAGUGCGUGGAAUGUGGAAAGAGCUUCAGUUACAGCCAAAGUCUGACUUCCCAUCAAAGAAUUCAUACAGGGGAGAAACCCUAUCAGUGUGUGGAAUGUGGAAAGAGCUUCAGUCAGAGUGCCGGUCUCACUUCCCAUCAAAGAAUUCAUACAGGGGAGAAACCUUAUGAGUGCAUGGAAUGUGGAAAGAGCUUCAGUCGGAACGACUGUCUCACUUCCCAUCAAAGAAUUCAUACAGGCGAGAAACCGUAUCAGUGCAUGGAAUGUGGAAAGAGCUUCAGUCAGAGCUCCGAUCUCAAUUCCCAUAAAAAAAUUCAUACUGGGGAGAAACCACAUCAGUGCAUGGAAUGUGGAAAGAGCUUCAGUAUGAAGGCCUCUCUCACUUCCCAUCAAAGAAUUCAUACAGGGGAGAAACCAUAUCAGUGUUUUGAAUGUGGAAAGAGCUUCAGUCAGAGCGCCCAUCUCACUUCCCAUCAAAGAAUUCAUACAGGGGAAAAACCCUAUCAGUGCAUGGAAUGUGGAAAGAGCUUCAGUCAGAGUAAUGAUCUUAAUUCCCAUCAAAGAAUUCAUACAGGGGAGAAACCCUAUCAGUGUGCAGAAUGUGGAAAGAGCUUCACUCACAGCCACUAUCUUACUUCCCAUCAAAGAACCCAUACAGGGGAGAAACCCUAUCAGUGCAUUGAAUGUGGAAAGAGCUUUAGUCGGAGCUACUCUCUCACUUGCCAUCAAAGAGUUCAUAUUGGGGAGACAUCCUUCAUUAUAUAGCUUUAGGAGACAAGGAAAUCUGCACUUUUUAAAAAUGUGGUGAGAAGAGGGUUACAUAUGUGUAUUUUGUGUUUUUAUAUUGUGUUUUUGUUUUAUGUUGUAACCGUCCUGACACAUGGCAACAGGAGUCAAUCUUUAGAGGCUGAGGGUUUUUUGCCCCCCCAAUAAAACAUUUGAGGGUGCCACCCUCCCAGUUGGUAGGCAUUGCCAUUCUAAUGGCAUGCAUGCAUCAUGUGUUUGAUUGUGCAAGGCAGACCUUACCUGACCCACCACCAAUAUUUUAUUCAAUUCAGCACCACUGGGUUGAGUAUUAUACAAAUUAAAUAAAGACAUAAAUCGCCCUCCCUUGCACAUGUUCCAGCUUGUCAAUAUUCUUAGAAUCAUUUUUAAAAUUUAUGUGCCCUUCGUCUGAAGAUUUCACAAUAUAAACAUACAGGAUGAAAGCAUGGAUUUCUCAAAAACAAGUCCAGCCAGAGAAAUCUCUCCUCCCCUUUUUUGGAUGGAGUUACAAACUUUGUUGAUCAGGGAACAGCUGUGGAAAUAGUGCAUCUUGAUUUCAGUAAGGCUUUUGACAAAGUCCCCCAUGAUCUUUCUGUGAAAGCCGGUAAAAUGUGCGCUGAAUGAGGAAACUGUUAGGUGGAUUUGACUGACCGAACCCAAACAGUCCUCCUUCAUGGUUCCUCAUCAUCCUGGGGUGCUGCAGGGUUCUGUCCUGGGCCCGUUGUUGUUCAACGUCUUUAUAAAUGACUUGGAUGAAGAAACUGAGGGGGUGCCCAUCACAUUUGCAGAUGACACCAAAUGGGGAGCAAAGGCAAUGUGGCAGAAGGCAGAAUCAGAUCAAGGGCAGGAAUAGUACCACUUUCAGACCCCACCUUGAAUACUGUGUUCAAUUCUAGGCACCACAAGUUAAGUAUCUUAAAUAUUGGUUGCCUGGAGAAAUCAAGAAGGUGGGGGAACACAAUCCGUAUUCCUUUUAUAACAUGUGGCCAAUGUUUAUUGAAUACAUGUAUUGUUAAGACUGUUGUAGGAAUCCACCCAGCACUCAGUAAUUUUUAAUAAACAUUAAAUGUGGGACGUGUAAGCACUAACCCCCACCCCACCCCAAUCUCUCAGAGUGAAAAUACCUCUGUGGGCGGGAUCGGCUAAUAGGAUAGCUUGAAGAACUGGGUCAAUCACUGGCGCUGUAUGUAUAUAUAGAGAACCAUUGUAUAUAUAUGGGUAAUCAGUUGUGACGGCAGUGAGACACUCAAGAGUGCAGUUCAUUUAUAAAGUUGGUUUCAUUCCAAGAAAAGAACAGAUUACCAGGAGCUCUUCUCCCGCGAGCUGGUCGCCAUUACGAUGAUGACUCAACUAAGUUCUCAGUGUCACGUUUCAUCCUACAAAUGCAACGUGGGAGGAAACUUCUCUUCAUACUCUGUGACGAAACGCAUCCUUUUUCCUGUAACCCACCCCCCGCUCUUGAAUACUCAAAGGCUGGCCAGCCAUUUAUGAGAGGCUAUCUGUGGAGUUCGGCCUUUCACCUACAUUCUGGGAGAGUGUUUCCAUGAUAACCCCCCCUCCUUUUGCUCUGGGCCAUCUUCCAACCCUGGCAGCUGCUUGGACUCUGACAGAGGUGUUGAAAACAAAUGAAAUUAGACACAAGUGGAAAUUUCCUGAAGGUAUUUCCUUCACCUACAAAAUAGAAGAAAGAUAGAAGAAAGACUUUUAGAUCCCCAGAAUUCGGAAAUUUUUGGCAGAAAUACAAAAUAUACAAAAUAGGCUUGGGAGGGGGUACAGCUCAAGAAAGUGAAGAAAGUGAACAAGGACAGGAAAGUCCAGGAGGAUAAGAAAAUAAGCAGAGUUUCCCACAACUAUAUUAUUGUACUUAAUUGCAGUUCUGUAUUUGAUGUUGAUAUUUGAUGUUGAUAAUUGAAUUUGUGUCUAAUAAAGAUUAAUGAAUUUGAACAUUAUAUCGUGGAAC